AGGAGCUGUGAUGGGAAAGGUAGUAAUGAUGUCACUUGUAGGAGAUCUCCCUCUCUGGUUGCAGCCAAUGAGGGAGUUGAGGGAGAAGGAGGAAACUGUGAGGCGUGCUGCUGUUAGGCAGAAGAGAGCAAUCUGGCAGGAGCAGGGUUUUCCAGAGCGACAGCGGUGGCAUUAGCCUCUGAUAAGCUCUGGGCCUGCUUCCAACACUAGUAAACUCCAACCUCUUUACCUCCUUCCUCCCCUCUUUUUCACUCCUCCUCAACACUUCUGUCCUUUGAAAGAUGCAAUAACAGGUUGAUUGGAGUAUAAAAGAGACAGGUUUAUAAAGUAAUCCUCACUUAAAGGUAACAUUUUCUGAGUGUUUUCUCUGAGAUAGUGUUUCUUAAUAACUUGUGGCCGUGCGCCUUUAAAGAAGGAGUGCGCGGCGAGGAGAGAUAAAAUCAAAGAGUGUGUGUAAGAGUGGAGUAAAAGCUGAGAGGAUGGUUUCAAAGAAAUUGCUACAGUUGCCAUGGGGACAGCAGCACAUUUUUAACAGGAACCUGUGUGUGUUUAUGUGUGUAUUUGUGAGUACAUGUGUGUGGAAAUCAUCAUUAUAUCACGAUGAGAUCAUUUAAACUCACAAAGGGGGAUAUUAUUCUCUCGGAGAGGUUGUGCUUUAUGUUUCAUUGUAGAUUCAACCAGCUGCCAUGGAUGCAACUUUGAAAUGAUUGUGACCCGUGUGCUCCCAUAAUCCGCCACUAGAUGGAGACGUCAAAUUCUCAUAUAGGGGGUAGUAAACAUGCGGUGAGUAACCCUUACUCUACAGAGGGCUUUAGGCUGGAGGGGGGGCUUUGAGUAAAUAUCGAGCUACUGGAUCAGCAGACUUCUUAAAGAUAUAAAUACAAACGUAAAUGCAUGACAUGACCGACAUGACUCCUGUUUCUCCUGUUUGAGCUGCAGCAUAAAGGACUUUGAUAAAAAUCUCUUAUCAUCCAUUAUUGCCACGGUUAUGUUUUUGUUGUUAUGGUGGUAUCAUUACAGAUUUCAGCCCAUCAACUGCUGCCAAGUGCCUCUCAUGCAGUCAGGAUAUAAGUUUUGAUGUGGUUAAAUAAAGUAUAGCUUAAUUGGUUCAAAUACAGCCACAUCAAGCCAGCAAACCUCUCCAAAGUGUGAUGCAACAGCUCAAAUACAGGACUAUUUUGUUCCUUUAAGAUAUAUUUAGGGUGAAGGAUCACUUCACACCUCUUCUGCCUCCCACAAACAUUUCUAAAAAUGAAAGACGGUUCAUCUCUGAGAGGUAAAAAGCUCCACUGUCUCGCAAUAUAUAGAGUCCAGUUAUAAAAACGCAUCUCCAGGCCUCACUCCACCUUCCUCCAACGUGGCUGGCUAUAUGAGGAUAGAUGUGGCUCCAUAAAGCCCAUAAUAAGUGCAGCGCAGCCUGAGCUGAAGGGGUGUUCCCACAGUCUUGGCUCACAUUUCCCAGGAGGAUUUAUGGGUGGUAGGGAGGCCGCAUGGGAGACAGAGGAGGCGAGGACAGUAUCGUCACCCAAGGAUAGAUCAUUUGAGUGAAGGGAAGAUCACACCGGGAUGAAAAAUGUCUCUGUUUGCUGAGUGCAUGCCUUCUUUUGCAGGUAUCACGUCUAUGCUACAACAUGCGCUGCACAUAUGAGAUCAGGAAUGCGUUUCCAAACUCCCUUUGCCGGUAGUUUUAGGGUCUCCACCUGAAUGACAUGCUGGUUAAAGAUAAAAGAUUGUAGCAAGGCAGUCAGCUGGUGAAAUUUAUCAGCCAUUGAGCCAGAGCGGAGUUGGAAGGACAUGAUGAAGCAGCUCUUUCAUUGAUCUCUGUGUUAAACAACAACACAAAGAGCCAGACCUUGGAGUUAUAAUGGAUACUCUCUGCCUCCUCUUUCAUUCUCUCCUCAGUUAACCAGACAGUCAGACUUUCCUGUCACAGUGGGAGGAAUUGACUUAUGCCCUUGCGCAUUCACUUACUGUAGUCUGGGGAAGAGGCCUGUGUUACAAGCGGCUCGUCAGAAUCAGAGAUGGGAGAUCAAUGAGGGCUGUGACACCGUCGGAGCUGGCGGAGGCUGUCACACUGUGUGAAUCCUCAAUGCUCUGGGGCUACAGCCUGCGUCUGGCUUCACAUGAGAAACACUUUCAUGUACACUCAUGCCUUACCGUACUCUCUGAAAGCAGAAAAAUGACUACUUGAUACAACAGAGAACUUAAAGGGUAAAAGGCUAAGUUUUGGUUUAAUGCAAGUUAAAUAGUUCUGUUAAAGAUUAAAUAAUGAAUGAAUUUGGCUGAUUUCAAAGCAUAAAUUUUAGUUCUUAUAUUUUGCAAAGUCUUGAAUCACUGUUACAAAGCAAAUCUGGGACUAGGUGCAGUGUUUUCAAUACUCAGUGAGCAGCGUAGUAACCCUGCAGGCAUUCAUAAGUCACUUUUACCUUUUAUUUUUACUUUUUCAUUCAUUUCUUUUUCUUUCAGCCCUGUGUUUCUUUCCUUUUACCUGUACCUGGCUACCAAAACCAUCAACUUUUUCAGCUAUUUUAAUAAUUUUCUCUUACUUUCAGCAAGUUUAACAAUCUACUCAUUGUAUUGGUUUAGCUAGCUCUACAUUCUUACCCACUAUGUAAUCUCUCCACUUGAAAAUCCUAUAAAUGAACUGAACGUACAUUUGUUUUAACCAGAUUUAGCUACGUAUUUACAUCAAGACUGGAUAUAAUGUUUGGCACCCUCUGGCUAAAUAUUUCACGUGUUUCAGCCAUUUCAUUUUAUCUAGGUACUGCAAACACUGCACUCAAGCUAUUUCACCCUAUCCAAUGCAAGUCUUCAUAUAUUUUGACUGUUAACUUUAAGCUUGCAUUUAAACUUUUCAGUCAUCUAGCUCAACCAUCUACGUAAUGAAAACAUCCUUAGCAUGACAAGCACACCACAUAUCUAUCUAUUAACCAACGUUUUAAUAACUCUUUGUUCACUUUUUUUACUUUCAGCCUGUAACUUUUUGUUAUCCUGCCUUAGCUAACAUCUUCAAAAUGAACAUUUUAAGCACUGGAUGAUAGAUUAAAUAUCCCCACUUAUUCUAGCCUCUGAAAACAGUAGACUAACAGGAAUGAAGCAUUUUAGGUUGCAUUAGAUGUGAUUGGUGGAGACAGUAAGAGUAAACAAAUGCUAGUGAUUCAUUGAUAUGUUUAAAGGAAUUUAUAUGCCACCCUUUGCAGAGAAAGUUCCACAUUUGGUCCCCCCGGUUCAGAAAGGCUGGAUCCACCCCUGUAACUUAGAUUAAGCAAUCAGCAAAACAAAUCAAACAACCAUUUUUGGGAAUAAAUUAAUAGGAUCCAACCUGUUUAAACAAUUUAGCAAUUGUUUGCAGCUUUUUGAUAAACUAUACUUUUAAUAUUAGGCCUAUUUUGGAUCACUACAUCAAGGAAAUCGUAGUUUUGUCUCUAACUCGUGUAUCUGCAUAUAUUUCAGGAUGUUGUGCAUCCCUGCAAACCAACAGAAUGAGUGUAAACAUAACUGUCUUGAUAAUAUAGCAUGCCAAAAAAAGUGGUCUCCUAUGGUCAACUUACCCCGUGUAUGGGGUAAGUUGACCAUAGGAGCGGGUUAAGUUGAGCUGAAUCCCAGGUGUCAAUCAAAGAAAACAUGAACCCCAUAAUAACUUUUAAAAACGGAGCUUCACAGAAAAAAAAGGACUUGAGCACAAAACAGUCUUACUGUAACUACAUGUCAACAUCACAAGCAAGGGGGAGAAAAAUGUAUGUUCUGUGUAAUAAACUUCUAAAGUUUGUCCACAGCUUCAUAAGCUUGGCUGGCAGAGGCGGGAUCUAGGACCUAUACUGCAGCCCGUCAACAGAGGGUGCUGUUCUCGGAUUGGCCUUAUCCAGUAAGGAGGCAGACUCUGUCCAUUCUAUAUACAGUCUAUGGCUCCGACAAGCCAAAAGGAUUUUUAGUGCACCUUAUAGUGCAGAAAAUACGGUAAUAUUAUUAUGACUUUAUUAGUCCUCUAAGCUAAAAUGGUGGACUUUAAUGCUUGGUUUUUGACCUCAUGUUGUAGCUCAUAGAUACCACAAUUGAUGUAUAAAACAAAUUUAAAAUGAUCUUUUUUGGUCUGAACACAAUUCUAAUAAAAUUUAUGACAGACUAAAUUCACUUUCAGGAGUGAAAAAUGUUUUUUUGGAAAUUAAUCUCUAACCCCUCUUCACCCAUGUGCUUCUAACCUUCACAGACUCCAUGAAUUGUUCCCCAUCUCCUCAAUAUUUGGUCACAUGAUCAAUUUCUUUUACAAUUUCCAAGCAACAGGGGGUGGCUCAACUUACCCUUUGGCUCAACUUACCCCACUCUCCCCUACUAGUCAUGGUAUUUCCACCAUAUCUUGCCAACGUGAUUGAGAUUAAUGGUCAAAUACCCGUUUUAGAUAGGAAAAAAAAAAAAAAGCUUUAUGAUGCUGACCUGAAACGUGUGUGGAAAUGUCCACAGUGAGUGGUCGUGUCUGAAAGUUGCCCUUGCUCUGUUGCACAGGUGCUCCACAUAUCCACAGCGCUCUCCGCCCUCUCCGUCGCCACACACUGCGCCCAUUCGCUCUCCUCAACAGCCCGGAUGUAGCGCACAGGACCGCACAGUCCUCCUCUCACUGAGAAUAACAUGGCGCUGGCAGACACAUAACGUUGCCCACCAUAAUAAUACUACACACAAUAACAGACCAAAAUAAGCAACGGGACAUGUGAGCUCUUCGACCCCGGGAAGCAGGUACGUACGAAUCCUUUUAUUCCACACACACGCGCUUUGACGACGUCUGUUUGGCGUAAAUGUGGCUGCUGCUUCUUGUUGCAGGGGGGCAAAAACGCCGCUUUGGAAAGGCGAAAUGCUUCUCUGAGGGGUUUAGUUUGUAUCCCUGUCUGGAUGCCCCACUGGUUUCAUGCAAUCCCGUUGAAACAGCAGUGUCAUUCAGGGCAGGUUUGCGUCGCUGCUUACGAUGCAUCCGUGCAGAGAUAAAUCAGUCAUUUUGUAGUGCAUGUGUGUUGUCAUGGCUGUCAGGCUCUCCGUGCGUCGGCCGCUGUCCUUGGUAUUGAACUGGGUGGGCAGCAUCAUACCUUAACAUGUUGCAAAUAGAGCCGAAAAGCCUGUUUAUGUCUGUUUUAUCCCCUGAAUGCUCUCUUUAGUUCUGAAACGAUGAGUAGACGGUCGAUUAAAAAAUCACUGUAAUGCAUUUACAGCCUCAUCAUGGAGCAGGACUCAGUAUGUGGUGCUGAAUGGUGAGUUUGCAGCCUCAAUGGUGCCCCUCAUGUUAUAUUUCUUUACUUCCUCUACCAUGACAGCUUCUCUUUAAUUCUAGCACUCCUCCUUAUUUAUGGCUGGACUCUAUGACAGUGAUGAUGACAGUGCAAGACAUUAAUUUGCACUGCCAUGUUUUCCCAGAGAUUGUGUGUGCACAGGGCUAAUGUAGGCCAGGUAAGGGCAGGAACAGAUGGCUUGUUUUCAAGUUCAAUGUGGCUUUCGGAUUAGGAUGUGCAGACGAAAAUUAAAAGUGGUGGUUGGGCCUUGUGAGCAGGGGUCCCCUCCUCCUCCUCCUCCUCCUCCUCCUAAGCUUAUAAUCACCCUAACAGCAACACACUGUUUGUAGGGGGUUAUGAUAACAUGUAGCAUCAAACCUCUAAAGCUUUCAUGAGGGUUUUUGUCCUAAAAUAUGGAUUAAAGACCACUAUGCUUAUUAUGUUUAGCCUAGAAGCAGUGUGCAGUGGUUCCCUUUUAGAGCAAACCAUCAAAUCCAGUCAAUAACCAGCCCAGCACACAUAAGGGAUAGUGGGGAAAACAACAACAACAACCCCUCUACUCCACAAAAACUGAAAAUGAUACUCCAACUACUUAAACAAACGAAGAGUCAUUUAAAUAACCUUGCAAACAAAAAUGUUUAACAUUAUAGGUAGGGGUGCACCGACCACAAUUUUCUGGCUGAUCACAAAUCACCGAUCUUUAAAAAGCUCGGCCUGCCGAUUAGGGCCAGUUUUAGCCCGUUUGAGACUAAUCGGAAAUCAGCCGAAACUCGCCGAUUGUCGCCAAUGUUUUCAGAAAGGAAAUGCGGAGAAUAAGAUUCGGUUUCACUUCAAAAACGUUCCGCCCUUUUAAGAGAUCCCCCGACAUUGAAAAUGCUUUUCUGGUCUGAGUAUGAUUCAUGAUAACUAUGUGGAAUAUUACUGAGUUACUGAGUACGGUUGUUUUAGCAGUAAAAAGGAUUUGAAACAAGUUUUCUGCCUUUAAUUCUUUAAGAAGUGUUUGGAAGGCUCAAAAGCAUCCAUUUGUUAAAAAAACUAGUAAAUAUGUAGAUAUAUUCCUUAAUUUAACACAAUUUUAAAACAAUAAAAAAUUUAGAAAAUUGGCAGAGUAAUCGGUAAUCCGAUCCCCCUCCUCCCCAAUAAUCGGUAUCGGCAUUAACCCCCAAAAAAUCCAUAUCGGUCAGGCCCUACUGCCAAUACCAAUUUUGGCCGAUAUCCGACAACAUACUUCGAUACUCCAAUCUUAUUUUAAUGAAAAACAUUAAACAAUAGUUGUUUAAUAGCAAUAGUUUAGAAUAUUGCUGUCAAAACUACUAAAUUAUAUCACUUCCUUUUAGUCUUUUAUUUUCCACAUUUUAAAAAUUAAUAAUACUUGUGCAACAGAUCGUACUGUAGACCUGUUUUGAGCCUCUCACCAAAAUAAAGUGCACACCAAAUAAAGGAAAUCACAAGGUUUGAGGAAGUUAGUAAAAAUAAUAAUCUACAGGACAAACUGAACUGGUGGGCGGGCCUGUCGUUCUGGUAAAAGCAAAAAGCUACAAUGGCUGACUUUGCUGAGGUUUAUCAGAUCGGUGGAUAAAUCAGUUUUCUGUGUAAGGAUCAGCUGAUCACCAUUCCCCCAAAAUUGAGGAAAUCGGUGCCGGUCGAGCGGCCGGACGAUUAUAGGUCUUAAACCUAACAUAAGGAAGUGCUUCUUCUUCUCCCUCAUGUGAUUGUAACUGCAUCAUUGGAUUGGAACAAUAACAAGGUACCUGAGGAUGUGACCUUGCGCUUAAGGAAAUCUGGGCUUAAGUUUGGCAAACAAUUAAUCAGUUACAGGCUCGGUAAUCCAAUGUAGGGUUGUAGAUCAACAGUUGGCUUUUAUUUACUGCUGCAUCGAUGAAGGCAGCGGUCAGCCAUUUCAGUCUUUUGGGCUUUUAGCUCUGCCUGCAAGUCUUGGGAAUUUCAUAUGCAGAUUAAUGCAACAUUCAAAUGAACAGAUUGAGACUCAUGAACAGCCCAAAAUCUUAAUAAGCUCAUGCUUGUGGUGCUUUCAUGGAGUGAUGUGUGCAUUUUGAAGAUAAUGCUGUCAUAAUGUGGAGAAUAUAGCAGCUUUUAUGUGAUAAAUAUAAGAAUUAGACGUUAAACUCCAUCCUGCGGGAAGCUAUUGAGGAUAAAAUGACUCGAAGAAGGUUUAUCUCGCUCUGAACUGCGGUGUUUCAGCCUCCUUUUUUUUACGAUCAUGUUUUGGAAAGUUUUGAAGCAGAGAUAACCUUGAUGAUAUCACCGUUUCCCUCAGAGUUUGCACAAAUUCUUCAGGUUGAAAAUAGACUUUAUACAACUGUUCUGGCAGGCUGUGCGUGUGUGUCUCUUGUACUUGUACUUGCGACUGUUACAGCAAUCCUCAGGUGCAAAACUGCUGGAGUGUCCCUUCGAGCACCACAGAUAGCAGUGUGGAGUAUCUCGAAACCAUCUUUACAUCCAGAUCACACGUCAAGGUGAGAUUAGAUAAAACACAUACUUUCAUUGUCCUUUAGAGACGAGGAGGGGGUGUGUUAUAUUAAAGUCGGGUGGAACUUAGCAGCUGAGUCAAUAUGUCGGUCUGUGCGCUCGUCCGUUAUCCGCUCUGUAAUGUAUUCAGUGCCAGCGCUGAGCACAACAGCUUUACAUAAUGAUCAAAGCUUGAGGGAUGCCAGAGCAUGGCUUCAGCCCGCAGUAAUAAUAAUAAUAACCUUUGAAGUUAUCACAAUCCCACAACCUCAUUCCCCUCAAAUUCUGCCCCUCUCUCUCUCUCUCACUUCCACAAUCCACACAUGCACAGACCCACUCAGAGGUCCACCCUGUUUGACGCUCCUGGAUCCGGGGGUGAGCACUUAAAAAAAGAGGAUAGCGAUAAUGAACACAUGACUAACUAUUUUAGUCCCUAUGGCUCUGCACUAGACUGCUCAGGCUGGCUAUGAGGAGGCAGCCGUGCACAAAUUCACAAUUACAUAAGAGUCCGAGGGAGUCACACAUUGAAUAAUUUGACCAGAAGAAGAGACUCUUCCGCUCUGCAGAGUCUAUUACGUCUUCUCUAUCGGCGCUACCUCCUCAACCUUCAAAUCAGACCCUACGUGCUACCUGCUAACAUUAGCGCCGCCUCCCUCUCUGCUUAAACGCCGUUUGAAAUGCAAGGGUGGGAGUGUGUUAUCUGUAAUUGAAGCUCAUGAUUCAGCUCCUCUUUUCAUAUAGGAGCCUCUCCAAAGACUCAUUGGACAGUUUAACCGAGUGUCUGGCAGGCCUUCGCUGGUCGAUCUUACUAAUCAAGGAGCCGAGCGAGGCCGUAUGCAAACAAGGGAGAGAGAAGAGAUGAAGUGAGGAGAAGGGAGAGAGAGGGUUAUAAGUGGAGAGUAGACGUGAGGAAGAGGAGGACAGGUGACCGUAGAAGAGGGAGGAAGACAGAGAUAAUCUGCAGGCUGCUGCUGCUGCUGCUGCUGAUGGUGGUGGUUUAACAGACAGGGCGACAUGAAAGGAAAAAUGGGUGAAGUGUUGGGAUAAAAUGUGAGGAUAAAUGGGGGAGUGAAGAAUGAAAAUGAGGGAAAGGGAAGAGGGAGAAUAAGAGGAUCAGUCUAAAAAGAAUAUAAGAGGAGUGACUGCUAUCUGUGUCUGUGUGUGUGUGAGACAGGGAGUGUGUGUGUGUGUGUGUGUGUGUGUGUGUGUGUUGGAGGAGGGGGCUCUCCUUUUUGUUUCAGUCUGUCUGAAAGCCGGACUCAUCUUCAGAUGUCAGCACUUUUGUCCCAGGUUAUUGCAUUUUGCUGUUUUUUGAUCCCUGGGAUUAAAAAGAGAGCUCCCCCUGUGUUUUUCUGCAUGAACUGACAUAUCGGAUACAAAAUGAGAUGUGCGCUUGUGCAUGUGUGUGUGUGUGUGUGUGUUUGCGUGAGGGUGGAAACAGGAAGAGACUGAGCAUGAAAGAAACAUUAGGACAAAGGGGACGAUAUGUACCGAUUAUAAGGCAAUUUAGAGAGAUGCAGGGAGAUAUAAAGUGAGUGCAUGUAAAAGCUGUGUGUUCAUGUUCUUUUAAGGCUGCAGAAUGGAAAACUUCUUCUGUACACUUAAAUAUAACAUGUUACAUAACAGCUGAAGCAUGACUGAAUUAUUCUUUACCAGGAUUACAUUGUAAGAUUGAAUGCAGGAUGCACAAUAUGGAUUUUUUUUUGCCAAUAUCACAAUACCUGAUGGUAACCUGCUCCCAGUUCAAGUUCUGCUUGACUCUGUAAACUGGAGCAUGCUCUCCUGCACAUGCAAUAAUGUAUUUUUCAUGCCAAAGUCUUAAUCCAACAGAGGUCAGUAUGCUGGUGAUAAAACUUAAGCUGCGUUAUUAGAUGCUAAAUGAAGUGAUGUUGAUGCUUUAGUUCUUGGGUUGUCUCUUGUGAACUCUCAUCAGUUUUUACCCACCCGUUGAAGUAGCUUUACACCUCUUAGGGUCUUAAUAGCAGACAUGCUAGCUGCCAUCUUCAUUGCAAUAAGGACUGUGAACUUUUGCAAAGUUCAAACUCUCGGACUGUGACUUAUCAGCAUUUUUUUUUCUUUUUUUAAAAGUUGUAGUUGUAGAUAGUGAAAAACAUAAACACCAAGGGCGUUGUUUUUUACUCUCAUCUGCUCAGUGUGGCUGCAUUUGCUCCUCUGUGCUCAUAAUAGAGGAUGUUACUCCACCACCCACUGCGUUAAAAUGCGAAGGCUUGUCAAAAAGUGAGAUAAAACCGUUUUUGUCUGUCGUUUGUUAUCAGAUAAAUUAUAUAUUAGAAUAAGAUUUUCCUUUUAUCAGGCUGAUAAACUUAAACUGUAUAUUUUGUACCAUUUCCCCCCCUAUUGGUAGCAGUUCUGAUACUUACUUUAAGCUCAUGAUUCACCAGUUCUGACCACUAAAUAAGUUGUGUUCACCAAAAUCCAGCACCAAACUCAGCCUGUGUUGUGCCCUUGUCUACACUUGCAGCUUAACGUCGCUCACACACAGACUGUUUCUUCACUAAAACUGAUUGGCAAUGCAAUGCAGUGUCAAAUAAAAUGCAGCUGGUCUUAAAUACAAAGUCUUCUGGAGCAUGUUGGUGCAAAAUAUCGGACAAAACUUAUUCUAAUUCAAGCCCCAAAGUUGACUACGUUGGCGUAUUUGUUGUUGAUAAAUGGUGUAAUAAUAACAGUCUCAAAAAUUGGAUUCUGGUAGGUUCAGGUGUAUUUUGCAAGUUUUGCAUCUUUCCUUUAUAAUGUGAUUUGUACACCCACCCCAUUUUGUGUCUAAUAUUCAGCAGUUCAAAUAAAGUGGAGCUGAGAUGUUGUACAGACCAUCUUUGUGCUGUGUCAUGAAUUCGUCUUUUCCCAGGCAGAUAAUACCCACAUAAAUACCCACAUGCACACAGAAAGAGCUAACCUAGAUACUCCCCUAGCAUUAGGAUCAGCAGAAGAGACACAGUCCACUAUAACCUACAUCCUCUACAGUUUUCUCGGUCUAACUUGUCUGUGUCUGCGCUCAAUGAGGCUGUUCUACUUCCUUCCAAAUUCCCCUCUCGUCCAAAAGGCUGGAAUGGCCUGACUGACUGUGCUGGGAGUAUGUGUGUGUGUGUAUGUGUGGUUGGUCAUGGGUCUGAGGCAUCAGAGGGCACUGAUGAAGAGGCCCAGUGAAGCUUGAAUACCCAGCGAUGCCCUCAGGCCCCUGAGCGCUGCAUCUGCCUCUGUUGCUGCCCAAACACAGCGCUGGCCCUCACAGCUCUGUCACCCAGCCUCUGGGCUGAAGGAGUCGCACUAUUUUUGUAGUAGUUUGUGUGUGAAUCCGUGGUUGUGAACUUGCAUGUUUUUGCUCUGUAUGUUGCCAAAAAUGAGGGUGAUGUUUGCGCACGGUGCCGGCUGUGCAGUUAGGACCUUAAUCUAUUGCAAAGGUGUUUUCCAAACUAUUAUCGAUCUCUGCACUGCUGCUGCAGUGACCUGUUGGAGCCUAAUUCCACUUUAAUCACUAUUAAAGUGAUACCUGUUUGGAAAGGGCAGCCUCAGAAAGCCAAUUGCCGUGUCUGCGCCCUUCCCCCCCAAGGACUUUUUCAAACUGUGAUAUAGGGCUUUAGAUCUGCACAUCUAUACCAAUACAAAAGACAGCGACAAUUUCCUUUUGUAGCUACUCCAGGAAAAAAUCUAGGAUAUUUAUGAUUUUUAAAGAAUAGUUUAUUUGAAUGAGAGGCAGGAUGAAUCUAAAAGCAACCGGUGUAUAAAAUUGCAUAAAAUAUGAUAAGUUUUAUGGGUAACACUUUACAAUAACCAUAAUUUAUAAAUGGUAAAUAGGUUGUUAUUUAAUGUUUAAUCAUCAUGUAAAACAACAUAUAGACCAAUUAUAAAUGGCAAAUACAUAGUUUGUUAAUGUAAGUUAAUAUUUACUUUACCAUUAACAAGCAAUGGAAUUAUGAUUAAUGGUUUUCAUUAAUUAUUAUUGGAUUAUCUUUUAAAGGUUUAUAUAGGGUUUAAAUAUUGGAUGUAACACAUCUAGAUUAAAAUGUGUGUCAGCCGCACUUUGUAAAUGGUUAAUAUUUCCUGGGUGAUUUUUAUUUUUUAUUGCUAUUAUUACUAUGAUGAUUAAUAUUAUUACAUAAUGAUAUAUAUGAUAUAUAUUUAAACCAUUAGUGUAGAUAUGGGGUGGGACUAGAUAAAUCUCGGAUUCUUCCCACUCCUUUUUGAACUCGAAUAACUUUUUGUCAUUUGUUGUUGUGUUCUUUACUUUUUUUAUUGUUAUUUCUUUUUUAUAUGUUCAAAAUAAACUUCAAUCAAUCAAUCAAUAUUUGUUUUUUAAACCAUCUAUUAACAUUACUUAGAUGGUUAUUGUAAAGUUGCAACUGAUGCUUGUAAUACUUUGUAAGUGAUUAAUAAGUGGUUUAUAAACCAUCUAUAAACAUGACUUAGAUGUUAUUGUAAAGUUAGGUUUUUAAAUUUGUCAAAUUUACAAUUUAUUAAUGGUCUAUAUGCUAUUUAUAAAUUUUGAUUAAACUUAAUAAACUAUCUGUUUACCACUUAUUUAUAAGUUACGGUUAUUGUAAAGUGUUACUGUUUCAUGUGUUAUUUCUGUGUUUUUAAAGGCAGUGAUAGCGCAUUAUUAAAAGUCCAGGAAAAGUUGCAAAGAUAAUCCUCCCAAGCAGCAGCAGCAGCAGCAGCAGCAGCAGGAGCAGUUGCAGCUAUGCGCAGCUAAAUGCCGUUGGCAGUCUGUUGCAUGCUUUGUCUAUGACAUCCCACUUUUUAAUUACUUACUUCUUUUGUUCCUCCUGGCAGUCUAUCCACCUUUCUUGAAUACCGCAGGCAUACAGAUGGGCUCCAGACCUCUACAGAGCAUGUCGACUGUUGUGCUCCUCCUCUCAUAUGAAGUGUGAAAAAAGCCAUUAUGCUCAUUUCUGUGGACUAAUGCAGAAGGCUGACGGUAAAUUAUGAGUACAGUGAGAUUGCGGUGUGUAAUGUAGUCAAUGUGUUGACUUAAUCUACAGGUUGUCUGUUUCACAUAGAGGAUCAGUUAAAAAUUUUUUAGGAUAUUUUCACAUACAUGUUUUUGCAGCACCUGUGCGUAUUUGUAACACAAGGUUCCAGCUCAAACUUACAAUAAAUGUUGCCGCUUUUGUCUAAACUCUCCCCUGGGUCUGUUCUAUUCUUAUAGAUGCAGAGAGCUGUGUUGUACUGGCAUCAACACCAUUCAGCAAUGAACACUUGGAGUCAAGCCUUAUUGCAAAUUUAGGCGCUCUCAUCAGAUUUCAGCCUACUCAGUGAUCACAGAGGAAGUUGGAAGGAAGGAGAAAGAAAAAAAAAAAACAAGUGCAGGAAAGAAACAGAGAAAAGUAUCCUGAAGGGAUCCUUGAAGUCGCUCGGCGCUCUCCAUCCCGUUGCCAGCCAGUAUAGCUUUCAUAACAGUUGUCAGCAAGCUCUCGCUGUUUUGUUCUGUGAUUUGAGAUCAGUCAGGUGGAAUUUCAUCAAAGCAGACUUGAAUAAGGAGAUUCAUUAUGGCUCAGCUUGAUUCAUUACCAACCCCCAGCUCCCACUACCCCAUGGGGAGACUUCAAAGGAAACAGAGAGGGUGAAGAUGCGGGCUGCUAUCGCACUGAGGCUUAUAUCAUAGCAUCCUCCCCGCCAUCCACACUCCAUCUGAGACGUGUUUAUGAGACAAUGUGCAGCGGUGGACCACUGUGAACUAACUGUUUACCUCAGUCAGACCUUUAGACCUCAUUCUCAGUAGUUUAAUUUGAGAAAAUACACCUAAGAGUUUAUAGAGCAAACCGUACCAGAGGCUUUUUUAAUUUAAAGGCAUGUGUGCAGUUUUUGUCUCUAGCUGACUCAUGUUAGUUUCAGACGUUUUAAAUAUACAAUCAACGGCUUCAAAUAAAUUCUAUAGUGGUGGAAGAAGAAGCUAAAGUCAGAGCAGCUGCUGUAUUUACAUUGAACUUAGACCUAACUGAACCCUUUGUCCCUCCACACUCAACUACACUCCAGCAGAGUUUCGCCUGAACAUCUCAUUUCUGUUUUAGACAAACUUAAGAGGGGAUUCAUUAUUUUUAUAACUCAUUAGUUGAUGAUAUUAAAGGGAUAUUCUAGUGUAUAAUUAAGUUCGGGUCAAACACACCGUAACACCAAGUUACACACCCCGUUGAGAGAUGAAUGUUGCCGACCGCUUGCUUCUCAGGCUAUAUCAACUUUAGUGACGACUACACAAUAGCAAUACAGAGAGCCACACACUCAACAUAUUAAUCAUUUUGCACUGCAGACGCGGUAGUUCUUCUGCCUUAGUGUCUCAGUCUGAUUGCAUUUCCAUGAAGAAAUGAUCAUAAAUGUUCUUCCUUGAGCUGCGUCACCCCGCUGUAGUCUGUAAUGGACUGGCCUGAGGUCUCACUACAAACAAGUGGCUGCUGGGAGAGAGUGGGUGAGUUGUGUUUCGUCUCUUUGCUAAAUAAAUUAGGCAAAGCUAAAAAGAUGUUUGGUGGCUAGUGCUGUGGAUGGGACCCUAUAUAUACUGUUGAUGAUGUUAGGUGCUGUUCUGAGCAUUAUUUGUGGCUAUGGAGUGGCACUUUGGUUGAGCGUGUGGUUGCUCGUCGAGCAGUGACCUUCAGCUCUUGCUGGGGCGGUUCGCGGCCGAAUGUGAAGCAGCUGGGAUGCGAACCAGCACCUCCAAGUCUGAGGCCAUGGUCCUCAGUCUGAAAAAGGUAGAUUGCCUUCUCCAGGUCGGAGGGGAGGUCCUGCCUCAAGUGUUGGAUUUCAAGUAUCUCGGGAUCUUGUUCACGAGUGAGGGUAGGAUGGAACGGGAGAUUGACAGGCAGAUCGGAGCGGUGUCAGCAGUGAUGCGGACGCUUAACCGAUCAGUCGUGGUGAAGAAAGAGCUGAGCCGUAAGGCGAGACUCUUGAUUUACCGGUUAGGGUAAAUCGGCAACAUUCAUCUCCCGACAGGGUGUCUAACUCGGUGUUACGGCGUGUUUGACCCUAAUUUAAUUUUACGCCAGAGCAUCCGAUUAAAGCUUUUCCAUCAUUAGCGGCGUGACUGAGGCUAAAGACCGCUCCUAUCUCCACCUCUGUGCUUCUUGUUUUGUCAGCCAACAAUUGAGGUUAAAUCAGAGUGUCUAGUUACAUCCCAAAGCUUCAGAAACAGUAAAUGAGGUUGCAGAGACAUGUUCUACACAGUUGCCUUUUACGCAAACGCCUCAUUUAGCAGUUAAACACUAUUUACAUUAGUUUAAACCGCAGAACAUGCAGUCUUAUCCACGUUUUGUACUUUUCCUUCUUCAACCUUGAUUUUGGAAAUGCUAAAAAAGGCACCACCCAUCAUCAUCUUACUCAUCCUUGCGAAGGAAUCAAGAGAUCGAUAACUCCACCUGACUAAAGUUUUCAAGACUAUGAUUUGACAUGUAGUCAGCAGUAAUAAAGAUUGGAUUUACACCAUCAUUACACUGUUAUUAGUCAACGGUACAGAGCCUAAGCUGGACAAUUGUUUUCAUUUAUUGACCAGUGAGUACUGGGAAUCUAAUUUGUUCUGACCGAAUGAGUGAAAUUCAUUCAAUCAGCAUUACAUGCGACAAACAGCAUCCUGUUUUUAAGCUAAUUAUUCAGAGUAGAUGCCUUUCUGAUUGGACGCAGUCAGUUGACAAUGAUUUAUACGAGCCAGGGAGACAAUUUAAUCUAUCCUAAUGUUUGGUUUGUGGCUCUAUAAAGAUUGACUCCAGCCCGUUCCCAGAGUCAAUCAAGAUUCCUGCCGUGCCUUCAGCCAACAGUGGACGUGUUCAUGUGUCAGCCUGUGUGGGAUUGUAAACACAGGCAUGAUUUACUGAGAAACAGUGAAACAGUUUUAAUACGUCUAUGAUGAGGAUGUAGAAGCUUAAGGGGGUCUCCACGUCUUUUCUCACCAUCCGUCUUUUCUGGUUCUGACCUAAAUUUAGUGCUGCUCGGACACUUUACCAUCACAUAAAUUAACAUGUGUGAUGUGAUGUCUUGAUGUGGCGUUCAGCAGGGAACCCAACGCAACUUCAGGCAUAAAAAAAGUCCCUCAUUAUCCUUUCAUGUCGUCCUCUGUGUGUGUGUCUGCGUUGCAUAUUUAGCCUGAUUCCUGCAUGAGAGCACACCCAGACAUGUGAGAGCUCAUACGCAGCUCGUACGUAUCUGUGAGCGUGUGCAGCUGACUGCGUAUAAACCCCAUGAAUACUCAUAUAAUUCUUUCUAGCUAUAAACACAAAUACACAUAUUAGGGCAGGCGGCUAAUGACGUAGCGUAAGACGGAGUGCACAGAUGCGCUGGCUGAAUAGAUUAAAGCAUUCAUCCAGUGACACAGCUGUGCUCUCUUUGAUGCCUGGGCAUGAAACUGCAGGAAAUUACAACAAAAAAGAAAUCCACUCUGACGUGUACGGCAUGUUAUGGAGAGUAACUUGACAGAGCAGCAGCUGCAGGCUCCAGCUCAUCAAAUGUGCCCUUUUAGAUUGAUUGAUACGCCGAUGUACUAGUAAUACGGUGGACCUUUAGACCUAGGCAAAAAAUCUUCAACUGUUUCUGUUAUGUAAUGUGGCCGGCCGUGCACGGUUUACAACUUCAUUAUGUAACUGUAAAGGCAGCCCGUUGUUUGCGGCCUCAUAAGAUUCAAAAUGGUGAUUUCGCAGGAGGCAGCAGGUGUUUGCGUUUGAUUGGACUGACCUCCUCGUUCAUAGAUGUAGCUACAUGUGAUAGGAGAGGCCAAAUGUGCAGCAAAAGGCCUGUUUUUUCGUCAGAGCUCCAGAUCCUGUUAGUGCAGGUCUAAUUAAGCCAUGCACAAGUUUCAUUUAACACCCCCCCUUGUGUGUUUCAGAAAAAAAAUCAAAUCCCAGAGUCAGCGGCGAGAUGCAGGAAGAAAAUAGGGAGGAAGCUGCAUGCUGCUGAAAUAUAAAUGGGCUGCGAAUCUUUUGUUUGUUGUGAGUUUUACAGCCGUGAAUCCAAGCAAAAUGUUGUCACCCACUUCAAACUCCCCCGUGUACCGGCUCCCACAGUGGUCAGUCGCUUCUCUUUACAUUGUGAGUUUAAAAAUAGCACGCCCUCCUUCACCUGAAAAAAGUAGGUCUUCACCUCUUUCAGGCCUGUUCGCAGCUGUCUGGUCUCUUUUGUAACGCUCCAGGAAAGCGUUCUCUCUCCUGAUCGUGCAGUUAUGCAGCGCGCUACGAUGCAUUAUAAAUUAUUUGGCUUUGUUUUUUUCCCCCCCAUCCUUCUAUUACGCUUCCAGCUAAGCCUCUUCAUUUCCUCUGCCUCUGAUGGCUGUGCCACUGUGCAUUUCCCUCCCUGUAAUUUAUCCAUCUGCAGAAAUGGACCAUGCCUUAGUGUGUGUGUGUAUUUAUGGUUGUGUGUCAGCGUGUGUGUGUGUGUGUGUGUGUGUACUGAGUAAUAGGAAAUGUUGUGUUUAAGUGUGAUGAUUGCUUCGGCCCUCGUGGUUUACAACCAGACAAGGUAAUGAUGGCUGCUACUUUCUCGGCCAGCUCCAGUCAAUCCCCCUGAAGUGAGUCUGUAUAUAUGUGUGUGUAUGCGUGUGUGUGUGUGUGUGUGUGUGUGUGUGAGCUGAGUGCUGGUAAAUUGAUCUAAAAGGCACACAGAAGCUUGAGACUGGGGAUUAUCUGGAUAAAUGCCAUUGUUUCUGAAUGUCUCUUGCUGUUUUUAUCUAGCCAGCUUAUUUUGCCGAUAUUAGCUCUGGGAAUUUGUUAAAAACUCAACCGUGAGCUGCAGGACUUGCAACCUGUUCCCCCACAAAUCCCUGCAGUUGUUCUUGGUUUCUGAAAUAAAGCUGAGCAUCGAGUUUUAGUAGAAAUCUUGCAAACAUCACAAGUUAUAGAGCGAACAUAUGAUCCAGCAGACAGAGACGUUUAAUCAUUCCUCAGAGAUGCUCCAAAUUGACUGAUUCCCCAGUUUUUAAUGGAAUUUUGGAGUCUGAUUAAUCGGCUCAUCUAGAGGAAGGGAAAACAGUCAAAAUUAAACACAAUUUAUUAAACACAAUAUUAAAACGCUGCCAAACUGCUCCACAUUUCGGCACGUCAUCUGUCAUCCGCAGACGUUAAUCAGAGCUGCAGCCCGAGCUACCACUAUAACUCAGACACAACAUACGACAGUUCUGGCCUACAAUAAUAAAAAGUUGCAAUAAUUUAUUACACAAGUUUCAGUGACUGCUUAUGUGUUGAGUUGAGUUGAGUUUGCUCUGACUGCAGCUACACUUCCUCAUAGGGCUGGGCGAUAUGACUUCAAAUCAAUAUCACGUUAUAUUAAGCAGUUCACCUUGAUAACGAUAAAUGGGCAAUAACUUCUCCACAAGCUGCUCACCCCCUCCCACAUUAACUUCGUCUACUUCAGCCGCUACAACUUUUGAACUUUUGAACCGUACUCCUUCUCCGUCUUUCCCUCUUUGUUACGGACUGGAUGGGUUGAAGUCACGUCCCCGAUGUAGGACAGCACCCCAAAGGGACAUGAGACCAUGGCCUACCUACACACAUCCAAAACCAACUUUAAUUAAUUUUUUUGACACUGAAUAUAUUGACGUGGGCAAAAUGACGUCAGUUAUUGUCAUAAAUUUCAGUAGUGGUAAAUUUUUGGUUUAUCGCCCAGCUCUACCUCCUCAGAAAUGCUGCCAAGGCUACAACUAUUGUAUAUGUAACUGGGUGUAUGCACAAUCUUGAUAAUUUGGCUCAGUGGUUUCUGAUGGUGGUUACUACACUAGAAAAGUUUACUUUAACUUCUGAUGCACCAAGCUUUAUUCAGAUAAGAAGCAUUUGGACAUGCGCAGAGUUGUCUAAUUCGCUAAAACAACUGCAAGAGGAAGAGUUGUAUUUACGCCUGUGCUGUCAACAAACCAACAAACGCGGUAGUGGCUCAGUCCAUCCAAUUCAGGAGUUUCCCCCGGUUAAAUGUUGUCGCUAGAUGGCGCCCCUGCAUACGACAUCAUUACACUGUAUUUACGCCUUGUUAUUUUAUUGGAGGAGCAGACAUGGCAUCUGCGGUUGUGUUUUAUGCCACAGUGUUAAUAAUGAAACCUCCUGUAUCCGCCCCAAUGAAUAAGCCAAAGACUUAAGAGUAAAGACAGAGUCAGGUUAGAGAGUCACAAUCGAAAGAAAUGUUAACAUAGACCUGUUUCGGAAUAGAAAUCGGCAUAAACCACACGUCUCGAUCCGAAUACAAUUUCUUUCCAAUUGAGCCAAAUUUGAUCAGAAUCUUCCGAUCGACAUUUUCACAUGACGCAUUUUUAUUCUGAUUGGGCAUUUAUUCAGAUUAUUUGUGCCCAUGUAAACGCAGCUAGUGUGCCCACCACUUGAAAUGGCCACAACACAUAUUAGCAAACAUUCACAUAACUCUGAGCUAAAAUUGAACAACAACAGAUGAGAGAGAGGAAGAAUCCUCCUCUGCACAGAUUUUAAAAAGUGUUUCUUUCUCGUCCCAGAUUGUGAUCGUGUUUCGUACUGCUGUAAAAAUGGACAUUUAAACUCGGGGCUUGAGUAUAAAAACUCCAUCAAAUUAAAGGUCACUCUGAUUAUAAAGAUGAGCCAAUAAAGAAAAGCGAGUGAGAGAGAUACUUUGGAGGAAAAAAAACAAGCGAAGAGAAAGAGAUUUGGGUGGAUAAGCUCGUAUCAGAUGCAGUGUCACUUUGUAAGAGGCUAACAUCUGAUUUUAUUAGGCUUUGAUGGUAAUUUCUAUUUCCACUUCCUCUUCUGGGAUAUAAUGAGUGUCUGCAGUUGUACAGGAAGAAUAAAACCAAAGCAACCCGGGGAAAGAGAAAAGCUCUUUUACACAUCAAUACCAUUAGGGGAAGUUUAGAGUUGCUCGAGCGAUCCACAUGUCUAUUUCUGGUCUACUUAAUUUUGCAUUUGUCUUUCAUUAGCACUGAGCAGUCGUCUAUGCAUGCCCUUUAUUUUUUUGUUUUCAGUACUUUGCUAAGUAAUUUACUGUAAAGCUUUCAGCCAUAACAUUUACAACAAAUGUUUAUGAUCCUCUGAACACAAAAUGACCGCCGCCGAACAAGAACGCAGCAAAACGUGAGGUCUUAAAGUGCUUAUUUCUCAGGUUUUUCAAUCUUCGGUCCCUUCUUAACAUACAACAAUCCUCUGAAUUCAUGCUGGGACACCUCAGGCGUGUCCCAACUCUUAAAUUUUGGAAAGACUCUCUCACAUCUGGUCUGAUAGCUGCUGGUGGGUGCUACCGGCAUGAAUCAGAGGCUGUAUGGGGCGUGCGCAUCUGUGGUUUUUCCACGGGUCUUAGGCCUGAGAACAGCAAACAAACACACUUUCAUGUACACACUCGUAUAUCCACACACACUGUGGCCUUAAUCCAGGCACAUUAUCAGCGAGCAUCAGUUUGUGAAGUCAUGUGGACUGGUAUGAGUCAGCGGCUGAGGCUCUAACUCUGUGCAGCUGAGAUCCGCUGAUGAGAGCAUCUCCACUGGACGCAUGUCAUCCUUUCACACCCGGACUCUCCACUGCCUCACAGCCCACAUUAGCUCAGAGGAGAACGCAGGAUAUAUUUAGAAUUUGACGUAGACAAGAAACUCUGUUGACAGAAGACCACUUAAAAGUUAGACGUAGUGAGAAUCGUAAACUUUUGCUGCUCACGCUUGAUCAAAAUCAGGGUGUUUUUUUCAAAGAGAUGUGUUAUUAUAGGCUGUGCAAACUUUGAGGAGAGGGGAAAAUGUUUUAUAAAAACUACGAAUGUCUGUUUUAAGCUUUUAAUAUCGACUUUUACAGCGUUAACUGAUCAGGCACUCAUUUCUAGAACAGGUUUAAGAUUUCUGUCACUGGUGUUUCAAUUCAUAAGCCGACGUUUGUUUCAAUUUUUGUCCAAUCAUGAAUUUAUUUAUAUUACGUGCUCACUAUAAAGUAAGAUACAAGACAGGAGGAAGAUAAACAAUCAUUAGUAAAUGACAAAAAUGAGGAAAAACCUUUCUCUUAAAGCAGUGGUUCUCAAGUCCAGUCCUGAAGCCCCCCAGUCCUGCAUGUUUUGGAUGUUUCCCUGCUCCAACACACCUGAUUCAAAUGAUCAGCUCGUUAUUAAGCCAUUCCAGAGCUUGAUAACGAGCUGAUCAUUUGAAUCAGGUGUGUUGGAGCAGGGAAACAUUCUAAACAUGCAGGACGGUGGGCCUCGAGGACUGGACUUGAGAACCACUGUCUUAAAGUUUAUAAAAGUCUACUCCCUCUUGCUUGUUUCAUUAAAGCUCCAGUGAGGAGUUUUUUGGCGUCUAUGAAACAGACUCAGAUUCAUAUUGAUGCCUUUUUAUGAUCUACAAAAGAAAACUUGACCCUCAAAGACAAGAUUGGUGGGUUUUUUUUUUAAUUUCAUUCGUAAUGCUUUACACCGGUGGGAGGGGGGAGGUGUCAGCUGAGAUUUCCCAAAGAGAUUUUAUACAUAUAUAUAUAUAUAUAUAUAUAUAUAUAUAUAUAUAUAUUUUUUUUUUUCUAUUUUGAUGUUUUUAUUGCUCGUAUCCUGUUGUUUUACGUUGCUGCUCUUACUCUGUAAAGUGUCCUAGAGUGUCUAGAAAGGCGCUUAUAAAUAAAAUGUAUUGUUAUUAUUAUUUAUUUUCCGAGAUUUUCCGUCAGAAGGCACCACUUCAGCAUGUACUGAACAUGAGACUGAUUUUUCCCAAAGGGGGCGCCAGAGAGGACACAAACAAAAAGUUCCUUACAGGAGCUUUAAGAAGUGGUGUGUGAGGUCGUGUGAGGUUGAAACACUCAGUCCUUUAGUCGACUAAACAUGCACAUCUUUAGUCCCUCCUCUUUGCUCACACUAUGACGUUGAUUUGUGGUUUAUUAAUAUUCAUAAGUAGCACCACCACAGACUGAUACUGACACUGGAAUCAUCAUCAUCAGAACAACUGAAUGAUUUUACAAUAACAAACAGCAGAGAUGAGUGUGAACUCAUUGUUUCCCUCGUGUGCGUGUUUGAUUGUUUUUCUUGGACAUGACUCACUUUAGUUUGCUGCUGUAGUGCUAUCAUUCAGUGCAGGUUAUUUUUAGACUGUGUCUUUUCAGCUUUGACUUCUCCAUCUAUUAUCUCGUAGUUUUAUGCUAUUUAAUGUGCUGAUCAGUGACGUUUCUAUUCCAACGUAUAUUUAAUCCUACGACUCAGUAACGCAGCCUAUAACUGUAUUACGCGAUGACGUGUCAGCCUGUACUAUUUCAAAGCGCCCUCACUAUCUAAAACUGCAUUAACAGAAAAUACAAGAGGCAAGGUGGUGAAAGACAGCGAGGCCGCUGAAAUGAAAGAGAAUAUUUCAAAGCCAAAGUAAGUGAACAUCAGCAUUUACCUUUCAGAGAUGAAAGGAGGCUGAGGAGUGGUGCAGAUGUUUUUUAUUGAGUGCUGCUGAAUCGGGCGCUAUUUUAUUGGAAGUUUGCUACUUUGUUUUGCUUUUUUGCAGGAACACUGUUGUUAUUCUGGGUCAGUGUUGAAAAUGAACUACAGCUUGUUAGAUUAAUAGAGCCAAAAAUGUUUUUUUUAUCUUCACAAUUUUGAUGUUUAUUUAUUUAUAUAUCAGCCAAAAAAUCCACCGACACUUUUUUGCAGCACGGUAUCCAAGUCUAUUUUUGUUCACACGCACACGUAAUACUCUCUGCAGACGCAGACUCCUGUUUUCUGAACCUUUACACUACAUUUGCACUUUGCAAACACAAACUAUCACUCUGUUGUCGUUUUAUUGAACAGCGUGUAGAGCCUGUGGGGGACGUUGUUUGUGACAGGCUGAAAGCUGCAAGCAUUGAUUUUCAUCCAUAACUGGCUCUGGACCUGUUUUUUUUUUCCACAUCGAGUCAGACAAUAAUUUCUGCCUCGGUUAAAGAGACACACACCACUUCAUACUCUGGCAUACAGUCUGGAGAGGGAACAGGUAGUAUUUACUGUACGUUAACAUCCAAUCAAUGGUGUCAUAUUGAUCCAGACAUGAUUUUCCAGAUUUGCUUCAGUGCAUUGUGUAAAAAUCUGCAUUGUAGCUGUGCGAAUGGUGUAAUAUAGAGGUAGAAAGAUUAGAAAUUCAUGCUAAUUUACUUGUAAUAAAAGGAAAUUCUCCCCUUCAAAAUAAAACUCUGCUGUAGUUUAUCCAGCUCUUUUCAAACAUACAAUACCCUGCUCCCAAUACAGCACCGCAGCAUGCACUGUUGAAGUCCAAUCAAUGUUUCUUUCCAUGGCAACAGCCGUCUCAAAUGUAAGCCUCACUGUCUGCUGCUUUAUGUUAAAAACAUAUGGGGCAACACAAAGGAAACUUGCAAGGUAUGUCCAAAUAAUCUCUGCUGUUCAAUCUCAUGACCGGUGUAGUUUAUUUUUAUUUUUAUUUAUUUGCAGUCCACCUAUAUGAGGAAAAAAAAGCCCAGCUGUGUCUGCAUGUUUGAGAUAAUCCAGUAAAAGGAUGGCUCAUCUUUUUUACAUUACUGCACUCUCUAUAUCAUAGAUGUAAAGUCCUCUUCCUAGGCCUGACAGGAUGGUGUAAUGUAGGUCAACAGGUAUAAGCCUCCAUCCACCAUCCACAGCUAAAGACAAGUGAGGUGGAAGAGGAGGCAGUGGGAUGUAAGCAUGGCACAGAGCGGACGGAUAGUGGAGGGAAAGAGGACAGUGAUUGGUCCACAGACUGUAGUAGUGGCCUGAUCAAUGUUUUAUAAGUAUCACCGCUCUGUUUGUAGGUUAGACUUAUCUUUCCUCUCCCAUGUGUGGUCUAAUGGCGGAGCCGUGAGUCACACAGGGCUGUGCAUUAGAGAUAACCCCCUCUUGUAUUGUGUCUUUGCACGCGUGUUUGUUGUUUUUGCUGCAAAACAACCAAGCACCGUUACUUUUAAUUUGUAGGGCAGGGAGCCUUCUGAUUGAUGACAUCCAGUACCCAAAGGCAAUCUUGCCGGAUUUGUGUAUGUUGCUAUGGUAACAGUUGAGCUGUAGACCCGAUGAAGAUGCUGUCCUGGUGAAAUUUGUCUUGACUGUUUUUGCCACAGGGUGCAGAUGAUUAAAUCUUUGAUCAUUUCAUCCAGUUCAGAUGAAAUGGUUUCUGUUGUUGUGAUUUCUGUUUGUGGGAUCAGUCUUUGGUGUUAUUAACGUUUUAAUUUAGGAAAUGUUUCCGAUACAGGCCGUCAGUGUGAAGAGCAACAGGGGAUUGAUGCAGUCCUCAGUGAUGCAAUUAUGGAAACACAUUGACAUAGCUCUACUUAAAGGGAUAUUCUGGCGUAAAAUUAAUUUAGGGUCAAACACACCGUAACACCAAGUUAGACACCUACUUAAGAGAUGAAUGUUGCCGACCACUUGCUUCUCUAGUUAUACCAACUUUAGUAACGACUGCAGAUAGCAAUAUAGACAGCCAAGCACUCAAACAAAAUGCCACUCUAUAGCAACAAAUAGUGUUCAAAACAGCACCUAACUUCAUCAACAGUACAUUGUUGGGUCCCAGACAUAGUACUAGCCACCAAACAUCUUUUUAGAUUUGCCUAAUUUCUUUAGCAAAGAGACUAAACACAACUCACCUACUCUCCUCCAGCAGCUGCGUGUUUGUGAAGGGAGCCCUGACAAGUCGAUCACCGAGAGCAGCGGAGUUUCGCAGCUCAAGGAAGAACAUUUAUGAUCAUUUAUUUAUAGAAAUGAAAUCAUACAAAGAACUACAGCGUCUGCAGUGCAAAAUAAAUAUAAUGUUGAUUAUUACUUCAAGGAAAUGAUAAAGUAAUGAUCAUAAAUGUUCUUCCUUGAGCUGCAUCACCCUGCUGCAGUCGAUAGACUCGCCCGGAGGUCUCCGUACAAACAAGCGGCUGCUGGAAGAGAGUAGGUGAGUAGUGUUUAGUCUCUUUGAUGUUUGGUGACUUUGCUAUGGCUAGGUCCCUAUAUGUACUGUUGAUGAAGUUAGGUGCUGUUCUGAGCAUUAUUUGUGGCUAUAGAGUGGCGUUGUGUUGAGGUUUAUGUAUGGUUCCAUAGACUGCUGUGUAUUGCUAUCCUGCAAUCGUUACUUAAGCUGGUAUAACUAGAGAAGCAAGUGGUCGGCAACAUUCAUCUCUUGACAGGGUGUCUAACUCGGUGUUACGGUGUGUUUGACCCUAACUUAAUUUUACACGGAAUAUCCCUUUAAUGUCUUAUAUCUGCAUGAGAGUAAAGCAAGAAUCCAUUCAGAGACCUCAGCCUACAAAACAAAAUUCAUAAUUCUAUUGAGGUUGUCAGUAAGUUUAGCAGCUGAGUCAAAAAUAAGCCUGCACUCUGAGGCAUAUCAUCAGAAUUGAAUAAAGCACAUGAAGCUGCUCACUUCCAGAUCAAGGUAUACCAUUAUCUCUUGAGAAUUCAGCGCUCUCCUCGUGUUCUUCGUCUCCUCCUCUUAACUCACAAUUACAUGGUUACGCGACCUUCUGAACGAGGUCACUCACAGCCCUCGCCGCUCCGUGUUUGUGGCUUUCUGAGGAUUAAUAACGUAGUAGCACCAGAAGUGGCUCAAAGCAGUGGUGUUAAACUGGACAGUCUCUGCCGUUGUGGGUAAAAUCCCAGCCUGCAUCAUCCGUCACAGCUGUCAUUUUUCUCGGUGGCCUUGGCUGAAUUGUGAGGGAUUGAUAUGCUGUCAGGAUCGUGUCACCGAGCUCAUAAAGAGCAGGCCUUGCCACAGCUUUUACAGAGCCGUGACCCCCUUGUGUUCAAGCGUGGUGUAUAAAAGCUGUUACGGUGUUUCGCAGACGUCGCUUAGACAGAAAAGCUGUCGAAUCACAGUUGAGUGAUGAGGUGUCUAGCUUAUCAAUUUACCCUUUCUCAAACCUUUACACCUGAAGCCAACUUUCAGAGCUUGUGUAAAUCCUCAGGAUCUGCCCUAGCUGUGCAAACGGGACUCUCGAUCUCUUAGUAUAUUAAGCGUUCAAGAUCUUUUUCUUGUUUUGAGACAAGACGCCAACAUGACAUCUUCAAAUAUACAGCAAAAGUGCAAGAGCUUCAGAAAUCCUCUAAGCCAUACUGAAGAUCUGGAAGGUGCUAACACAGUUUUUUUUUUUUGGCAUCCCCUGUGAUUUAUCCAUGCGUGUUCUCGCAGCUCAGCAAAAACAGAUCCAGAUUACGGGUUUCGUCAUAAUGAGCAACAUGUGGCGUAGCUCGCUCGCUGUCACAUGCAACAUUUGGAAAAAUUCGACUUAUUUGUAAAUGGAUCUUAUGAAGCUCAUCACUGCCAUAACCUACAGAAAUCAUCCAGUGUCAUUAACCUUAAUAUACUGCCCACAGAGUCUCAGCCCCACACUCGGUGAAGGUCUGCUUCUUUCUAUCCUUCACCUGCUUCUUUUACAUCUCAGCCUUUAACCAUUUCCCCAUCACACCAGGAGGGCCGGCUUCCUGCAGAGCUAUCAAUAAUAAACGAUUAAGAGGAGGGUUUAACAUCCUUGUGUAGAUAAUGGAGUGGAAAGACGGAGGCUUUCAAAGAACAGAGUGCUUUUAGUCCAGAAAACCAGCGGCAGGAAGUAGACGAGUAGAGAUUUUAUGGGUCAGGACCUGAAGGCUGUGGGUUACUUUCCAACAUCAUCCGUCACCAAGGGUUACUGAUUUAUUUAAAAUUGGUGUAAAAUACAACUAAAAAAAGGAUUAUCAUUCUGCUUCAUUUACUAAUUUGUUGGUAAAACUUCAUGUUCAAAAACACGUGUGUUAGUGACCGCAUUUUGGAGGUUACUGCCAUAUUAUCCUGAGUAUAAGAAAGACCUGAUGACUCUAGGGUGGAGAUCGAUUUUCUACUCUUACACUGUGAUAUGACUUGUGAUCUUCAUCUUAGUAGUGUAAUUCAAUGGACCCUUUUAGUAUAAGUGAACAGUAUGUUGAUUUUUGGUGGGUGGGGCUCAGCUCAAAGCGAAACAACCCUACAGACUUGUUAACCAGUUUUUAAGGCUUGUUUUAACGUCCGGGUCCAAGAGUUGUUUGAAUGAUUUAACUCUGAUGGACAAGAGUUAAGAUCAGGGUUACAACUGUUACCUACAGAUUAUCCAACAACCUCGAUUGAGACACUAGGGAAUAGGCCUGUCGCGAUAAUCAAUAAAUCGCCUUAUCGCUUGAUAAAUAAAAACGAGGUCGAUAACUUUGCCACCCUCGAUAAUUGACGUGCCUUUGUUUUCCUCCUCUCUCGCUACCAAACACGCUGGAUGAGAGAAGAGGUCUCACUCUGCGCAUUGUUCUCGGCACCUGGGGGCGUUGGCUCUAUAGCGGAAUGAACGGAGUUAGUGAACCCUCCUGUCAGUCAUUCAGUAUCUUUGUCACGAGGGGGCUGGCGCGCACAGGCACACAGACACAGACUUUUUGGAUACAGUGCUGCAAGUGAGCGUCGUGAGUGAAAAGCAAGCUAACAGAAUGAACACGACAGCUUUGGUGUCUAAACCGAACGCAACAGCCCAAGUGUGGGAAUAUUUCGGCUUUAAACCAGUUUUGUUUUCGUCAACCACAAAACUCCACGUGUGUGUGUGUGCGCGCGCGCGUGCGUGUGUGUCUGUGUGUUGGAGGAGCACAGCAGGCUGAUGAGAGCUGUCAGAGCGGACUGAAGCUGCUCCUAUAUGUUUAGCGUUUAACUGACUGAGUUUUGCAACUCUGUUCGUCAUUUUCGUCUCGUCCCAUCAACGUAAACGCACUUUCGUCUCGUCACAUUUUAGUCAUCUCCGACUUAGGUUUAGCUCGUUAACGUUACGUCUUCGUCGUGGGAGAAAAGGGAAAUAUUUUAGUCAACGAAAACAACCAGUGUUGUUCUCGUGUGGAAAUUAAAGUUUAUCACUUUUGACAUGGUGUACUCGCAUUAUUAUGCCAUAUAAUAUCAUUAUCUAUAAUUUAAAAAAUUGUGUCAAUAAUAUCGUUUAUCGGCGAUAAUUUGUAGCACAAUUAUCGUCCAGCAAAGUUUGUUAUCGUGACAGGCCUACUAGGGAACUAUUUUUAUAUAUUUCUGUGUUUUUGAGCCUUUAUCUGGAGGUAGGAAUUGUAAGGGAGACAUGCAGCAGUGGGUCGUGGCUGGGGAUUGAACCAGCAACCACUGCAAGAAGGACUUCACUCUCUUUACACAGGGAUCUUAGACCGCUUUGCCAUCAGCCUCCCAACACUGCAGAGCAUUUUAAUAAACUCCGCUUCCCAGAGAUCCUAAGGGUUCGGUCCUGUAAAAACUCCAUAAAUCUAUAAUAACACAGUUGAGGAGUAUUGAAUUUUUUAGUGGUUUUUCACUACUUCAAAUUUUGAAAUGUGCCAACACUGUUUUCUGCUGCCCCACACCACCGAAACAUAAUGGAUCUAAAGGCACGGUGAAAAACUGCAUUUGUCAGUUGUACAUUUUUCUCCGUAACCCACCUCCUGAUCCGAGCACAGACCUCGGAGAAUUGAGCUGUCACACAUUCAUUGAUUAGAAGAGAAAUCUGUGUGAAAUAAUUCUUAUAAAAGGCAAAGCGAGCAAGAGUACAACAGUGCAGCGUUUUUAAAGCUGUAUAUCUCUCCCUAACACCUGUCACAACUGCUUUUUUUAAGUCUGUUGAAUAUAUAAAUAUAUAAACACGCCUUAUAUACCGAAUGAAUCAAUCACAACAAAAGCAGAUAAAACCAAGUUUUCAUUCAGCUCGCACUGAUGAAGACUGACGGGAGUCCGGCUACCAGCACGUGAAAAGACGACUGUGCCAUAUGGUGUUAGUUUCAGUGCUGCAGGGUUAACAUCUGUAUGCAGGCUGAGUUCACAUCCAGACUGAGGAGACAAAUGUUUCUUUUUUUUAUAAAACAGAGAGAGCAGUCUUUUCAUAGUCCUGCCAUUUCAAUGAGGAGCAGUCAGACAUAAAGAGAGUGACUGGCAACACUGCAGGGCCCUCUGUGACUAUUUGUUUGUGUUAGCAUCUGGAGGAGUGUGUGUGUGUGUGUGUGUGUGUUAGUAUAAGGGUGUACACAUGAGUAGCUCUGUGUGUGUUUGAGUGAUGGUCAGCUAUUGAUGCACAGAGAAGCAGAUUCAGCUUUAUGUGUUGAAUGUUAAAUCAUGGCAGGAUGUGAAGGCAGAUUAGAUGGGAUUAUAGAGCGUACAGAACGAUAUAGGACACACUUUAUUUACAGGGUAAUAGUAUUGAGCACCUACUGUUAGAUCAAAAUCACUUGAUCUAUUUCUGAUUUUCUCUGGCGCAUAAGGCAAGUGUCAAACAAUGUCAAAAAGACUGACAUAUUUUGACCUUUCUCCAUCUGAACCGCAGUGAUUGAGAAACUGUCUUGACUCACAUUCAACCUGAAGACCCUCCAGGAUCCAGGGAGGUUACUUUUGAGGGUUUAAAGGUAGGGCUGGGCGAUAUGGCCUCAAAUCAAUAUCACGAUAUAUUGAUGGACGAUAACUACUCCACAAGCUGCUCACCCCCUCCCACAUUAACUUCGUCUACUUUAGCUGCUGCUCAAGCCGCUAUAACUUUUGAACCAUCCUCCAUCUCCUCACCUGUCUUUCCCUCUUUGACUGGAUGGGGUGGAGUCACAUCUCUGAUGUAGGACAGCGUCUUAAAGGGACAUGAAAUCAUAGCCUACCUACACACAUACUAAACCAACUUUUAUUUAUUGAUUUUAUUGACACCAAAUAUACCAAUAUGGGCAAAAUGACGCUGGUUAUUGUUGUAAAUUUCAGUAUCGGUAAAUUUUCAGUUUCUUGCCUAGCCCUAUCUCAGACUGUUGAUCCAUCAUCUUGAAUUUCUCCUCGGUCAGUCACUGUGUACCUAAAAUGCUCCCAUACUGCGGUCUUCUUUGUUUGUUUGGUCCAUAUAAAACUUUACUGCUUGGUCCCUCUGCCACGGUUAAGCUAAUGUAGCGUAGCAGCCGUGUCUCUCUUGACAUGCACGGCACAUUAAGCCGGUGCACCAUAGGUGUCACUUUGUGCAGGUUGCGUCGAACAGAUUGUAUCAUUUUGUGGUGAAGACUUGGUGAAUGGGAGCCUUUAUAAGAAUAAAUUAGUUAAUCAUGAAACCUUUAAAUUUCUUCAACUUGGACUAGGAUAUGACGGUGAACGGGUUGACAAUAUCCAUCAGUAAUUCAAGUCUCUAAUAUGGCCUGCAACGCCCCCACAUUAGGCAGAAUUACAAAAGCACUUAGCUUCCUGCAGUGAUAUUUCUUCAAAGUUCAACAUUAAACUUUGAAAGAGACACUUUUAGAAGCUUCUCUUCUUUGCUUUAAUGUGCUUCAAAGUCACAAGGACGCACACAGCUGAACACAAACACAUGUGCGCGCACUCUUUCUCAGACUUUGACACACACACUGUUCCGUCCGCAGGUCUGCAGAGAUCUCAUUUAGAUAGCUCACCUGAUCUCCGUACCGCCCUGGGUCGCCCUCCCUGCUGCAUUCAUCUAUUAUUUUAGCACAUGAAGAGAUAAAAACAACUUCAGCUGAUCCUUCACAUGAUAGUGAGCGAGCGAGUGAGAUCAGUGCGAGCCCUUAAGAGACAACAGGUCUAAAUACCGCGCACCCCCCCUCCAUAAAUGAUUAUUUUCAAUAAAUUUUCUGAGUGUUACACCGCUAAUGAAUAACAGCCUGCACUUUGCACUUAAACACUCUGCAGGAAUUAUCAUUUAUCUCACUAACAAGCAUUUGUCUUGUGACAGUUGUGAUGUAGCCGCCUAUUAGCCAUGUGCAAUGUGCUGCAUUGAUGCUUUUAAAGAGCGAGGUACUUAGCAUAGCCAAAUCAGCCUCAACUGCCAUAAUUCUAGUUGCCUCUUUCUCUUUUUAGUCUGCAGCUGUCGCGUGCAGCUCCCCACCUCCAGAGUGCUUACAUUAGCCCUCUGCAUGUGUGUUUGUGGUGGAGAGUGAGGAAGAGAGAGAGAGAGAGAGAGAGAGAGAGUGCUGCCUGCUAAGACCCUUGAAGGUGGCGUGUGUAUUUAUAUCCAGUAGUGCUGGUGAAGGGGUGUGUCUGCUGCUCAAGUGUUUUAACCAUCAAACACAUUCUGCCUUUCCCAUAAUCUUAAAGAAGCUCUGUGGGCAAAUGGUCUGAUAUGAACUACGCAAGAUGCAGCAGGUUGACCUCCACACAUGCAUCUCAGUUCCGCACCAUUAAAAAGUGCAACAAAUAGUGGAUUCUACGAAUUUUUGUUUCGAGGUAGAAAAUGUUUUUCACAGUGCAGGUUUAAGACGUACAGAAAUUUUGCAAAUUUUGAAGGUUUUGUUGUUGGACAUAAAAAAAAAAAAAAAAAAAAACAUGAUAAGAAAUAAGUAUAACAUGAGGCAAAAACAAACUUGACUGAAGCUCUGAUGUUUAAAGCUAGAGUGUCCCGAUACAACUGUUUUACCUCUGAUACGAUACCAAUAUUGCAGCCUUUAGUAUUGUCCGACAGCAAUAUUGUAGCCUUUAUUAUUGUCCUACACCAAAAUUGUAGCCUUUAGUAUUGUCCGAUACCGAUAUUGCAGCCUUUUGUAUUGUCCUACACCAAUAUUGUAGCCCUUAGUGUCGUUCGACACCGAUAUCGUAGCCCUUAAGUAUUGUCUGAUACCAAUAUUGCAGCUUUUAGUAUUUUUUGUCACUGAUAUUGCAGCUUUUAGGAUUGCCAAAACAGAUAUUGAUCCGAUAUUAGCACAAAUUUGUGCAUGAGAAGUUUUUCAUUCUGCUGUGACGUCUUUUUCGGGCUUUAACGUAAAAUACUGCCACAGGGCCGACAUCACUCCUACUCCUUGCUACUUUGGUAGUACAUUUGUACUCACUGUUGUUGUGAUCAUGUGGGCUCUAAAUGCUGGAUCAGGGUGCUGCUAGAUAGAGGUGCUGGAGAGGAGUCUGGAAUGGACUGCCUGUAUCGGAGUGCUGAUAUCAGAGAUUUUAGAUGCUAGCCAAUAUUUGAAUUUUUGCCGAUAUCAGACCGAUAUCAAUAUUGUAUCAGGACACCCCUAUUUAACGCAUUGGCACCUUGAUUAGUCUGCAGCUGUGCAGCUUUGUACACAGCUUGUGAUGCUCCAUGUUUCCUAUACUGACUAAUCAGAAUCAUUCAUUCAUUGUCUACAUUGCUACCUGUUCAGGUCAUGAGCGGCUGGAGAAGCAGAGGACACCAUGAACAGGGUUGUCAUCACGGGGUUGACAUACAGUCAGACAAUCAGUCACUUUUGCACAGGCAGAAUAGAACACACAGACUCCACACAGGAAGGACCCAGACAGGAUUAAACCAGAGGUGUCAUCACAAUGAAGCGAUAUUGAUAACCUGGAAGACAAAAUGUUCACUUCCCAUCGCCAGUCUGUGGUCUCGGUGUCAUAGCUGAUCAGUGUAAGUGCUUGUUAUAGGAAACUGAUGUUGAUGGCAGCCAUGUUUUAUUAAAAAAUCACCUUCAAAGAGGCGCUUUGUAAAACAUAAAACAGCUGAACCCUGUCAAAUAAAUCACUUGUGAAGUUCAUAAUGAUGUUUGUGUUAGUCUGACACUGAAUAUUUUAUUUGAUCUGACUUGAUAAAUGAUGUAAAGAGCUGCAUGAACUCUGUGAAGCUGUGAUGCUGUGGGCCUGGGUGUCUGCUCCCCUGUAGAAAGGUUUCAUUCAGAAAAUUAAACAAACCUGCAGGACGCGUCAGCUCUUCGCUUUUGUGAGUGUCCAAAAAUCCCUGUGUUCUCACUCAGGGGGGAAAAAAAAGAAAAGUUUUUGAUUGUUAUUCAGGAGUGUAAAAAUGAACAAUAAUUAGGGUGCCUUCCUUACUUCCCAACAUUUGGCUCUCUAUGCUGGCUGUAACCGAACCAACAGUGAUGUGGGUGGUAUAUGAGCUCAUGAGUAAUAAUAAAAACUGGCUGAAAAGAGCACCGUCUGCCUGGAGCUUGGAAAAUUACUCUUAAUAUAAAAUCAUGUACAUAAUGUUGCCCCACUUAAUUUUUGAAACCCACAUGCACAUCUUAGUCCAGACCAGGAUUAAAAUGUAGGAUUGCAUACUUUUUGGGAACCCUCUUUAAGUGUCAAGUAGGGCUGGGCAAUAUGGCCUCAAAUUAAUAUCACGAUAUAUUUAGCAGUUCACCUUGAUAACGAUAAAUGGACGAUAACUACUCCACAAGUUGCUCACCCCCUCCCACAUUAACUUCGUCUAUUUCAGCCGCCGCUCCAGCCACAACAAUUUUUGAACCGUCCUCCAUCUCCUCACCCGUCUCUCCUUCCUUGUUACAGACUGAAUGGGGUGGAGUCACAUCUCUGACGUAGGACAGCAUCUUAAAUGGGACAUGAGACCAUAGCCUACCUACACACAUCCAAAAACAACUUUUAUUUAUUGAUUUUUUGACACUGAAUAAACCGAUAUAGGCAAAAUGACGUUGGUUAAUGUUGUAAAUUUUGGUAUCACUAAAUUUUCAGUUUAUCGCCCAGGCCUAUCUAAAGGUCUAGCUGUCAAAGAAAACUGCGAUAAAUAAACACAUUUAGGCUUUUUAAAAUUACGAGCACUUGAAUACCUCUGUUUUUAUUUGUGGCUGGUAUGCUAAAUGCUAAAAAAAUGGUUUCACACUACCUAAAAGUAGGAGUAAUUUCUAAAACUUACUCCCUCUGUUUUUAUCAAACAGGACAUCAGCAGCAACCUUCCCUCUGUAGAUCAUUUCAGGGCCGACGCCACGAAGACAUUACAGUUUUAGUUGGAGGCAAAGCGAAGUAAAUGGAGAGACCACCACAGGGUAGAAGAUGUCUUAGAGGUCUGAAGAUGUCGUUUUGAUGCACAACAGAAACAUAUAGCAUGUAUGUACAGUUAAAACCCUAAUCCUAACCCUAACCCAGACGUAAAAAACAGCCUUAAAAACUGGUUAACAAAUCUGUAGGACUGCUUUGCUUCCAACUACCAACAUAGGCAAAAUGACAUCAGUUAUUGUCGUAAAUUUUUGGUUUAUCACCCAUCCCUACUCCAGGGGGUCCUGACAGCUUUAGAUAACUGACUCUGAUGAUAGGUGCAAGAGUAUUAAGCCAAUAAAAGAAACAGUCUAGUAUGAAGGUCAGGAGUUCAGACGGUGCCAUCACUGUAAAAAUAGUUUUUUCCGCUCUUUAAAAAUCAAAUCGUUUUCUAUUGAAUGCUUUCUUGUAAUUUGGCCUGCAGCUUGCAGAGGUGAAAAUGUCCCUGCAACCUCUACUCACCGCACUCUCUCUCUCUCUAAGUCUCAUGUAAUCCUGACAGCCUGCCUGCCUCUGCCUGUGUGUGUCGUGUGUGUUUGUGUGUGUGUGCCCUUAGCACCAGGCCUGUCCCUGGCUGCCACAGCUGAAUGUCCCCUUAGCAUCGGCAAACGGCCAAGCUCUGUCACAGCCGCUGACUGCACCAGCUGUUUGUUUCCCUUUCUUCCAUCUUAUCGGCUCUGUCACACUAUCUGUCUUCUUCCCUGUGAAAGAGGCAGCGAUAGGGCGCCUGGUGGUGCUGCACUUGACACCAAAGUUGAUAUCCACACAUGCUGGCAUCAGUGGGAGACGCUUUUGUGUGCGCGCAUGUGUGUGAGUGUGUGUGCGUGUGUGUGUGUUUGACAGGGCAGCCAGGACACAAACACCCUCCUGUGGAUUGUGGGAGCUCAGAGGACACUUAGACUUUUUGUUGCUUUUGUGGCUCUGUUGACAGACGGACAAGUGGGAGGACAGUGGAGGUCAGAGGACUGCUCAGUUUGGGACGCGGCCGGUCAAACUCACUUAGACAAACAAUAAACGUGAAAUGGGACGGGUCCGGGCUUAAGCUGUCUGACCAUGCCUUGGUCCAGGCUGCUGGCGUAGGCGCUUUUUUGUGCCCUGUGCGUCUCACAUCGAGAGUUAUCAGAGCAUGCAGGCAGGGAGAGGCAGAGCAGCAGCGGGGUAGCAGUAGUAGUAGUAGGAGCUCGCUGGGGGGGCUGCACAGGGUCCUCAAUCUGACCUGAUUUGUCAAUUUGAUAACUUCACUGGAGUGUUGCUGCACUGGGGAAAUCAUUGCUUGUAAUUUUAAACCAUGGUGUUGGCAGGAGAUUCAAUAUUCUAUGUUUCACUGAAAGCAAAACCUGGUUUGAUGUAUUUAUUAGGAGUGUAGUUUGACUUCUCAGGAGGCGCUGAUUGUCUUCAUCAUGGCUUAUCCAGAGCACUUUGACUGGCUGAAAGACAGCGUCAGUUUUUGGCCAGGUAAGAGAAACCGUUUUAUGAAUAUUUUCAUCCGGGUGAAGUGCGAACGGUGGAGAUACUAUGAAAUAUCAUCAUCAACAGAGCUGUAAUUUAACACGCUGCAGCCCCUGGAUCAUCCUGACUCAUGAGAGGGAUGUAAGAAACUUCUUAGCGAUUAGAUGAAAAAGCGUCUUCUUCAGCUGAUGUUGUUUACUGUCCUACAUCUGCAGGAGGAGGAAGGUGAAAUGCGUGCGUGUGUAAACAGUUUUUGAGCCAAUUAGAUCAUCUGACGAAGCAAAGUCUGCAAAGAACAAGUGAAUGCUAAUGGGACAGGAUUGACGGCGCACAACAAAGCAGGCAGGCCAAAAGAGAUGUUAUUGAUGAGCACGUUUCACCUAGCUUUGUGCUUUUUUUCGCUGUCAGUCAGGCUAGUAAAGCUGCGUUCAAGAGCACCAGGAAAAGGAUGAUACCUUGAACAAGAACGCACCAAGUUUUGUUGUUUUCCUCUUAUCAAAUUUGACCUUCUUCUUAAGUUGAGAACUCCUCCCCUCCCCUGUGGUGGUGGUGAAUGAAAAGGAGAGCAUCGCCCCUCCCUUAUCUUGUUUAUCAGAGGGAACUUGUGUCCUUUUCAUGUUGCAUUUUUAAUUAUGCAUGAAAUUAAUUUGCAUACUUGUGCAUGAGUGAAUGAGCUGCAUCUCGAUAUCAAUUUAUGCCUCAAAAUUACAGUCUGCGGGAUACAAAAUUAAUGUGGCGUUGGGAAAACACGAGAAUGCAUCACACUGCAGCAGACUGUUAACAUGCACUCACGCACCAAAAAUAGACACAGUGUAUUGACAAACACAAACACACACACAGACACACACACACAGGCAUAGAGGCCUUGUUUCCUGUUGAAGUCUGUGUGUAUGUUGAGGUGUCGUACAAAAGGGGAAAUGCCUGUGGAGGCUCAGAUGGCGACAGAUGGUUUAGAGACAAAUCAGCCUGGGAGUCAGGAUCUCUGCCCUGGAACGAACGGUUCCUUUAAGUAUUUUUGUAUCAAUGAAGUGGUAUUUUUGUGAGUUUACGUGGAGCGUGUGCACUUUGACAGUCUUUUUCCGCAUUAAAGACAAAAAACAAGGAAGGGAGUGCUGUUAUUCAGUACAACAGCACAACCUGGAGUUCGAUAUCGCUUUAAUGCAACUGUGAAAGCUCCGAUUGAUAAUAGCUGUUGGUUUAUUGAAUCGAUCACCAGGCUCUGCCAAACCCAAUUGCAUCUGCGACAUGACUGAUGCCAAAAACGCUCAUACAUAGUGCUGUAGACUUUGGGUUUAAUAUGCUUUUGCUUCUGCAAGGUUGAAUUUUGCAGCUUUACCUGCAGGUUUGCUGUAAUACAACUUUUUUGACGGUUGCUUUGGUGGCGUUAGUUAGAGAGAUACCAGCAUGAUCAUCAAGGUGUAAUACAGAAUCAAAAUCAGAAUCAUAUAUUAAUGGCCACAAAACAGGGUUGAUGUGUUAAUUUGUUUUCUUGUACAGCACAUCAUGCUCACAUCUCUUGUAUCAGAUACAUACAUGGAUGCAGAAAUAAAAAAAAAAAAACAUUGCAACAGUAUGAUACACAGUGUCAAGCCCAUGCAUUGAUAUACUUAAUAUAGGAACUCCCAGAUGUAGGGCUGGACGAUAUGGCCUCCAAUCAAUAUCAUGAUAUAUUGAGCAGUUCACCUCAAUAAUGAUAAAUAGACGAUAACUACUCCACAAGCUGCUCACCCCCUCCCACAUUAACAACUUUUGAACCGUCCUCCAUCUCCUCACCUGUCUUUCCCUCUUUGUUGCGGACUGAUGGGGUGGAGUCACGUCUCCAACGUAGGACAGCGUCUUAAAGGGACAUGAGAUCAUAGCCUACCUACACACAUCCAAAACCAAGCUUUAUUUACUUAUUCAUUUUUUUGACACUGAAUAUAUUGACAUGGGCAAAAUGACGUUGGUAAAUGUUGUAAAUUUUGUUAUCUGUAAAUUUUCAGUUUAUCGCCCAGCCCUACACAGAUGCCCUUUUUUGUUUCUAAUAGGACUAAAAUUUGUGUGUCUCUGCAUAAUCAAUUAUCUCUCUGUUGUGUUUGGUUGCUUUAUGCAAAAUCCAUGAUGUGUGUGUAUUUGUGUGUACAUGCAGUUAUGUAAUGCAUCCAGCACAGCAGUGAAUGAAGUGAGCCAGUAGCUUGAGAGUAUGUUGAUUGAAAAGAUAUCUGUGUGGUGGAACAGUUAGUUAUUUUUUUUCUACAAUACUCUCAUAGAUAGACACUCACUUCAGUUUACUGCACCUAGAUUAAUGGAGUUCCAUAAUCUCAGCCAUAUAUUACAAAGUGCAAUUUCUCAACACAGUGACAUUGUUACUCUUUGGCAGAAUAACCUUGCAGGCAUUAGUCUGAAACUUCCCAAAGUGUUUUACAAGCUGACCAUAAAUUACAGCUCUAGAGGCGCUUAUGUUGCAGGUGGAGGGAGUUGUGCAGUAAGUAGUUUAUUGGCGUCUGCAUGCAGGGCCAUUCCCAGAGGUCUCUGCACUUCAAGUACAUCUCAGUCCAAACCUGUUUUGUGGAAGGACUUCUGCUUAAGGAAGGAAGUUAGGGUUGUGUGAUUGAUAACAAAGCAGCUCUGUGUUUGUGUGCAGGUUUGUUGCUGCGCCUCUUUUGAGCUCAAUCCUAACGUGUGUCAUUCAGGUCAGGAGUUUUACACUGAAGUCGAUGUAGAUAUUAGGGAUAAACUGAUCCGAUAUUUUGAUCGGAUAUUGGCUCCAGUAUUGACAAAUUAACUGGAUCGGAUAUCAGAUCAAUUAUGCCGAUUCAACGUUCCGAUCCAGUCUUUUUUCUUUUAAUAAUUUUUCUUUCAAUACAUGGAAGUCUUAUUUCUUUUUGCUGUGUGCUCAUGUGCAGUUAGUUAUUUGUCAAUAAUAAUAUAAAGUAAAUUUAUAUCUUUGUUCAUUUGUUACUCUUUUUUUUAACAAGGCUAAUCUCAAGCCUGAUGCCUUCACUCACAAGGCAAGGUAUACAGUUCAUUCAUUCAGCAGUAGUAAGGUCCUUACACACUGGGACUAAUAUACAACGUGAAAUUACAAAAUAUACGCAGGCGAAUUUUGACACGCCUGAUAAUACACAUCAAGCCCGAUGCGAUUUUGCAACUUUCUGGGGGAAAAAGAUGCGUCCCAGGUGGAGGACGGAAGACUGACAACAACACGCAAUCUGAUUGGUCAGAAGUGGACACAAAGUAUGCAAAACUUUAGAAAAAUCGACCAUGAUCCAAAAAAAAUAAAUGCCGCAAUAUCGCAGGACUGGAAAACGUCGCUGAUGUGAACGCUUGUAUUGACAGGAUACGGGUUCUGAGAAAAAUAUUGACGUCUGAAAUAAUCGCAUGAAAAAAAUGCUCCUGGUGUGAAAGGACCUUUAGAUCGGUAUCGGAUAGUGGCCGAUACCAGCCCAAGUAUCAGUAUCGGAUUGGAUCUGAAUAAAUAAAAAGUUUAUUUAAGUGUCUCUCCUGCAAAGUCAAAUAUAAAAAAAGAGUUUUUUCAUUUCCAUUCUGAAUCAGCAGGAGCUCAUUGGGUUGGGAAAGUGGGAGUUUGAACCCCGGUAUGGACUGAGUUUUGAAAUCAGGUUGGAAGCUGGAGUGGCCCCAAGUCACCAAAAACCAACUAUUUAAAAGAUCAUCCAUGUGCAAGUUCCCUAAUUCUGACAGGAGUGUGUUUAUGUGUUUAUUUCAGCCCGUGAUCGAUGGCAGAGCGUUAAAACCGGAAUUUCUCCUCAGGACUCGAUUAAGUUUUUCUUUUUCUCCUAAUUAUCACCUUCCUUACGCUACAAACCUAAUUCUUUGUUAAAUCUGGCAUAAUAGGAUGUGAUUUUGUUUUUGUUUGUACAUCGCUCUAAGGAAGCAAGUGCCUCAGCUGCCGCAUGUGUCAGCUGAUGAUUCAGUGCAAGACGGCGAUCCAGCCCCGUUUAGUCAUAGUAUGUUUCACUGCUGUGACUGCAAAAGGCAAAUUUACAGUCCAUAUUUACAAAAUAUUUGAGCGUUGCCUUCUGCCAGUGUGUCUCUCUCUUGGGAGUGUUUUCCGGCUUCAUCCUUGACAUUGUCUUCAUCGACUUUAUUUUCAAAACGUCAUUUGUAAUCAGUUUAAUGCCUACAUGUCAGUGUGUCAUGGCGCAGGAGCCGCUCUGUGUACACACGCUGGAAAUAGUAACAAGGUCAGAAACCUCGGGUUGAUGUGUGCAGGUUUUAGUGGACAUCAGCCAAAAGUGGAGAGAGUUGCUGUCAUGUUCACAUUGCAUAAGAGUUUCAUCACUCAGCACAAAGGGGAGAAGAAUUUUAGGCAUCUGUGUCCACACCUGAAGGGAGUAUUUAAGGUCUGCUUUUGUGAAGCAGAAAAUUAAUCAGAGGGGGGAAAGGAGGAAUUGUGUCUUUAAGAAUAAACCGCUCUCUUAGCUCUUUGCACAUUUUUGUGUUUUCAAUUUAAUUGCUUUUGAAUUUUAAAGGCCUGUCAUCCCCCCAAAAUCGCAGCCUUACUUUAUGUUAUACUUGACAUACUUGACAUUCACCAAAAUACACAUCAACAUUUCUAACUCUGACUGGUACGAGGGAUCUCAAAAGACAAAGUUGCAUAAAACAUUUUUUUUUUUAAGAUUUGCUGUUUUGCCCUUUUGGGCCACAAUAUGAUAUCCUGCUGUGGAAGUUCUCGGUGUAGGAUGCAUACAGCUCGGUGAUGUGGUUUACUUCUGACUCAUACAUGAGUCACUUUUAAAGUUCAAAGAUAUAUCAGUGUUUUGCACAGAAGAAUUAAGAUUGCAUCAAUAUGAAUAAAAAGGGGAUGUGCUUUGAUUUUACACACACACACCUUGCUCAUUGUCUUUCUAUCAGGAUGACCUGGUGAUGUUAUUCUAGUUAUAUUUGAUGCAUUAAUCUUUUCACUGUAAACCAAGGCUGACUGUGACUGCAGGGUAAAGGGCACAGUUGUGUAAACAUGCCUGUGGGACGAGGUUUCUAUCUAUGAUUUAACACCUUUUUGAUCCAGUAUUGAGCUUUCCAAAGGCAGCAGUGUGCUGCAUAAUAAUCUUUGUGCUGUGAUUGUGCAGAGCUAUGCAUCACAAAAGCCUUAAGCCCUCUCAGCUUCCACCCUCUCUGCACGACUCUUUACGUUCUUUCUCUUCCUCCUCACUUCGUUUCCUCCAUCCAUCCAUUUCUCACUCCCUUUAUCCUCUCCAGCCUGCUCUUGCUUCUGUUCUUAUCUUCCACCCCACCCUGCCUCUCUCUCUCUCUCUUUCUCUCUUCUCUCUCUUUCCCAUCAAACUAUCUCUCCAUCUUUCCUGUUUGAGACCACUAAUUUAGUCUGUCUGGCUCUCCUGCAGGGCUGCAAAGGAAAUGAUUGGGAAUGAUUUCCGUGAUUAAAUCUCUUUGCCUUGUCAGUUCAAAGUUACAUUUAGGAAAAGAUGCUUUGGUGACUUCUGACAUUGCAACUGUUCAUUAGGUACUGCUAUUUCCUGAAUCUAACGAAGUUGCUCGAACAGAUUUAGCACACUGAUACUCACACUGUGAAGCAUGCUUGACCUUUUACAAAUGCUAUUUCUCACACUGGCCUACUAACAAACAGCCACAAACUGAGGUCAUGGGUUUGAAGAAGUCUGAGACAUUUUUGGUCUUUGUGUAAAAAUUCAAAGGAUCAUCUACUUCAUAUGAAAGAAAUGUUAGCAGCCCUGGUUAGUAAAGGUUAAUUAACCUGUUGUUUCCAAGUGUUUAUGCCAAAGACAAAGAGCGCCUCAUGAGUAAACCAUGAUAAUUUGUUUGGAGACGGUUAAUGUUACAAAAAAUAAAAAGCUCAGAAGAUAAGUCAAGAGGUUAAUUAUCCUAAAAUUAGUGACUUUUUCCUUUUGUUUGCUUACAUUCAAACCUCAGAGGCUUCAAUAAAUCUGCAGUUUUAAAAGAUGAUCUAGCUAUCUAGCUUUACACUAAAAUACAACAACUUUAAUAUGUUUAAUCACAUAGUCUUUGCUUAUAUAAAGUGGGCCUAUGUAUAGGGCUGGUCAAUAAAACGAUAACGGUAUACAUAUAGAAAAUUAAUUUCCCUCGUUAUCGAUAUAAAACAUGGUCAAUAUGCUUUUCAAUAGUCAGCAUUCUUACAUGAUAUGGUAGACUCUACAAACAGCCAAUGAAAUCGGGAGUUGCUCUGGGUCCGCUUUGCGUUGAACCAAUCAUGCUGGAUCAGAACCAAGUAGCAAACAACUGUGUAGUAGGAGGCUGCAGCUACACGCAACCAUAGCGCUUUAAAACGUGAAGCCGACAGCACUGUCGGUGAGAAAAAGAGAAAAUGAGUGCUACCCCUGGCAGAAAUACAGAUGACGAUGACGACAUCAUUUACAAAACUGGCACGAAAACGUCAGUGGUGUGGCUUUCUCUAGUGCAACGGCGUACAACAAAACAUCAAAGAGACACAAAGGCCUCACAGAUGCAUUAGCUUAUUGUAUUGUAUAAGAAUUACUACCAAAAAGCACUGUUAAAUUUCAUUCUUUAUAUCAUGAUAUAUAUCCAUAUCCUCUGAUAUGAAAAAAAUAUAUCGUGAUCAACUUUUCCCAUAUCACCCAGCCCUACCUAUGUAGUCAUCUUGUUUAUAUUUGAGAACUUUUUAUGGGGUUUUCCUAGAGGAACAUAUGAAUUGUAAAAGUUCAGGUGUAGACAAAGGUCUAACAACCAGCCCAAAACAGCUUAUUGUUUAUCUGCACAGCUAACUAAACUCUAACAGCUAACUCUUUAAAAUGAAAACUUGACAAAACUUUGAAUUCAGAUGUCUUCAUUUCUUGGUCAGUUACUUCUUUAAUUUUUGCAUUAUACAGUUAAUAGCCUACACAGUGCACUUAUGUAAAAGGAUGAGUGCUCAGUAGGCUGUAAACAGAAAAUAGUAUAUGUGCAAAAGCCUCAACAGAGGGACAGAGAAAGAAAGAAAGAAGAUGGUGGUAGGAAGAAGAAUGACUUUGCUUUUGUCGGAGAACAAUGCCUGCUAGACAGGAACCACACAAUGGACUGUAUUCACAGAAACACCAACAACAUCAUGACAUUUUGUUCCUGUGACUGGACGCCACGCAUCCACCCAAAUCUCCAGCUCCACAUUGGGAUUUCCAAACAGUUUCUCUGAGUGGUGGAGUAAAAAGCACCUGCAGGAGCAGCUGCCAUACAUGAUGAACUUCACUGUGCACUGAAUCUGAAAUCAUCUCCAUGAAAAAAAAAACCACACACACUCUGAUCUUGGCAUCGCAUUUCUAUCUCUUCUCUCUUUCCUUCAGUGCAUUGUUUCCUUUCUGUUGUUUAUAUUACAUAACCAAAGUGGACACUUGUUUUUUUUGAGCAUGUUUGUACAUUUUUCGCUUGUUCUUUCCUUGUUGUCUCCUGUGGCGUUAUGAGGCUAAGCUUAGCCGGCUGCAGAGUUACAGAGUACAUAACAGGACAUCACAACAACAACAAAAAAAAACAACAACAUCCCCAGACACUCGGUUUACAGCAGCAGAUCUGUCUGACUUAUCUGGCAUGCUUCAACUGUGCUGCCUCCAGGCGGGGCAAGGAAACCUAAUUGAUAACAAGCAAAGUGAAUUUCACUCAGUUUAGAUCUCAUAGAAGUGCCUGAUUUUGCUGCAUUUUGCUGUUUUAGACGUCAUGAACCACUGUGUGGAAGUGAAAAAGGUCUUCACAUCCCAACCUGUGUCCAUGAACCUCCACAAAUGAUUUUUAUUUUAUUUUAAUCAACGUAAUGAAACAUUAUGAAGCCUGUUGGCUGUGCUGCUUAAUUUUACCUGGGGUAAACAAACUUCAACUUUAUCGUCAACUAUAAAAAAGCUCUUAAAUUUCAAAAGUCAUUCAUUAAACUGCGUACACAGUUUCAUAUUAAAAAGCAGUUGUGUGAGGUAUCGCCCAGAGAGAGGAGUUGUGAGUAAUGAAUGCAGCCCAUGUCUUCUUCUAAUGAAAAACAGAGCCUAUCACUGAUAAAAUGUCACUUAGGAAGACUUAAUGAAGGCUGUGCAUGACAUUUUUGUCUCGGCGACUAAAUGGCAUCUUUAAGUAGCCUUGAAAAAUGUAUGCUAAUUAAAUGUCAAAACUUUGAUGCGCAUAAGGUUGAACUCGGGUGCUUGAAACAAAAUGAAUAUUGUGUUCCUGUAGGAUGGUAGGAAGAGCUUUUCCAUACCUAUGCGGUAUGUUGAUUGCGGCACGGAUUGAAUCAUGGAUGUUCGUCUUCAUCUAUCUUCUUUGUUUUCCAGGUUUGCCAGGAUUUUCCAGCAUGUUUGGGAAGAAGAAGAAACGGCUGGAGAUCUCAGCUCCGUCUAACUUUGAGCACCGGGUCCACACAGGCUUUGACCCGCGGGAGCAGAAGUUCACGGGACUACCGCAGCAAUGGCAGAGCCUCCUGGCAGACACCGCCAACAGACCUAAGCCUAUGGUGGACCCCUCCUACAUCACCCCCAUCCAGCUGGCGCCGAUGAAGGUAGAGUGUGAAUGGACAGAGGGCGUCAAACUGGGGAAAAAUCGUGUCAUUUUCUGUCCUGCCGCCUCUCUUUGUGCAUCUUUGUGACUCUUUUGCUCCUUAUUCUCAUGUCUGCACCCUUUCACUGUUGGUAAAGUAAUCCUCUUUUCUUUUUGUCCUCUCACUCUGCAUAUCUUCCUCUCUCUGUUAAGUGUCACUGUAUCUCACCACUCUUUCUUCCUCUUGUUACACUCUGUUGUCUUUUUCUGAGGAAAAAUAGAUAAUUCUCCAGUGCCAUCUGGCCACUUCACACUAUUACAUUUGCCAAAGCCUUUGAAAUUACAGUCGUAUUUUUAUCAAAUAUAUUGCUUUAAAUCUGCAUUAAGCAAUUUUGCCAUGUUAAAGUAACGCUGACUCUAUUGUGGCUUUAGAUCAGCUGUAUCAUGGUUAUAGACUUCUUUUGCCAUGUUACAAAAUAUAUUAAGUAAGGACAAGAAGUAACACCAAAUAUUUGUGAACUGAAGCGUGGUGUUAUCACACCUCUUUGCCAGGUUGCUUGAUAAUUUCUUCAAAGCAGGUGACACCAGUGAUUAUCCAACACAAGCCAAAGUUAUGUGCUGCUUUCCAAGGUUCACUCUCUCCACUCUCACUCCAAAGUAAAGUGACAAACAAGCUCUGACAGCCUGACUGUACUCUUACUGCAAAUACAGAUAUUAGUGAUAAAACUAUUAUUUGGUACAAAGCAUUAAUUUAUGGAAUGAUAAGAUAUUACAAUUAUGAAUUUUUUAUAUAUAAACUCAGUAUUUUGGUGAGCUUAUCAUUUCACCACUCCUACACAAAAAUGUCAAUAAAAGACAAAACUGAUGGUUAAAAUACUGAAUUACAUCUUUGAAGGCCCAACAGAUGAUGUUAGCAUCCAACCUAGCGUCUUCGCUUGCCAAUUUUACAGUUUUUAAUAGUGCUUUUUAACCAAGUAGCAACCUAAACCCCAUAAAGGUGGGGUAGGCAGGAUCUGAGGAAGUGCCAGUUUUGGGGAGAAAUCUUGAAUGUAAACUCUACCCCUCCCAACCAGUUUUCCCCUCAGCUCCUCCUCUGCUCCAGAAAGCCCCGCCCACAAACAGACGCUCCUGCUCGCUCGUAUUGUUUCGUUUUCUUGCUUGUGUUGGCAGUUGUGGUAAAAGGAGAAUUCAGACAGUUUUCCAAACUUUCUGGUUGGUUUCUACUCUCCGAUAUUGUAGCACGCUAACUUUGUUUGAGCUCGGGGGAGCAGCAUCUGCCUCACAACCAGUCAGCACUCAAGGCCAAGUGUCUGCCUCACAGCCAAUCUGGUUGGGGGAUGCAGAGAAUGGCUUUGUUUACAUUCAGAAAGAGCAGGCCGUUAAAAAAAAUUUAAAAUGUUGACUACACAGACAUAAAAAAACACAGCGAUAUCGUUAUGUUACCAAAUGUCAUCAUUAACUAAUAGCUAUUGACUGAUAUUAAAAGCUAUUUUGUAUAUACACCAAAAAAAAGAUGCUUCUUUAACGGAUUCCUGCCUACCCCACCUUCAAGUAAAAGUAGUAAAAGCUGCAGUUCCUCAAGUGUCCACUUGGGGCAGGCUUCAAAAGCCCAAAAAGCCACGUACACAAACUCCAAAAAGACAUGCCAACAUGUUUUGAUCUGAUUAGCUAAUUCCUUUAUUUUAACACACUAUGUCAGGGAUGGUUUUUUUUGUUUUUAAAUCCUUUUAAAGACACUAGAAUCAUGAGUUUCCAUAAUCAGGGAAACGACUGACUUGACUGAAAGGCAGGCACACUUUCGCUUUUAGGCAAUAGACUAAAGGGCUGCCGAGACUCCACCUCUUUGCCUUUUGCCAGUCUGACCAAAAGUUAGAUUCAGCAUUUCCAACACAUCGCCUGCUCACAACAGGCUUCAAAACUUGCUUUAGAAAUCAAGCCCAACCACAGCCUCCCAUUAAGUUUUAACAAGGACGUGUCUGACCUUGGAUGUGACUUGCCUGCAGCUAGAGAGUUGUCAGAUAUGUCUUUUGUAUUGAUAUGCUCCUCUUGGAAGACGGUGAAAUGAUAAUGAUUUGAUAACCCUCUAAAUAUGUACCCAAACAUGAGUGUGACAUUUGUAGACAACCGUCUUGUAAACACAUUAAAUAAGCAAAUGAUCAUGACCUUUAUUUGUGAGGGACUCGUGAAGCUUUCCAUUUUUUCAGGUGGAUAGAAACAUGACCUAAAUGAGACCUUAACGUUGAUAAACUUUCGCACUUGAUAAACCUGUUGUCUGUCUGCCCCCUGCUGGUCAAAAAUUGCUUAAUGCAGCUUUAACAUCUCUCACAGGAGCUCUAAUUCAAAGUGAUGUUUCUUUUUCAUCCUGACCCCUCUGUGACUGUGAUUGUGUGUGUCUCUUCUCCUCUUGUCUCCCAACCUUCUGAGUGUCUCCUCUGAUGUGUUGUUGUUCAUCGGUUCUUCUUAACAUAAUCACACAUCGACACACUUUGAUUAACUGAUAUACACCCGAGUAUUUCUGUGCACCUUUCUCUGGGCUGUAGCAGAACAUUACAUUUUAGGUAUAGGAGGUUUCACAGAGACACUAUUAACACAAAGCCUUUUCUCUUCAUUGUACUGUCUGUGGUCCCAUCAUACUGCAUGUGUGACCCACUGCCGUCAGCUUUGAAAUCCUGUGUGUGUUACAGCACCUGCUUACACCUUUUUCUGUUAACCUUUAUUGUACUUAUAGACUACUCAACCCCUCACACGAACUUUAUUUAGUCUCAGGGGAUCCACAAACGACAGAAAACACACGAUCAGACAUCCACAGAGUGACACAGAACAGCAAUAUGCCACAGGAGAUAUCUCUGAAGAGGGGGAAACAAGAAAAUAAUUCUCUUGCUCUCUUCACAGAUAUCUCCCAAGAAAGUCCGGUCAUCCGAAACGCCGUUGCCUAAAGUAUGACUUCCUUUUCCCUUCUGUUUUUAACCCCUCUCCUCCUCCUCCUCCUCCUUUUUUUUUCCUUUUGGUUAGUCACAACCUUGCUGUUUUGUUUCCACAUCUCUCUCCCUCCGCUGCUUGCUUCCAUGCAUUCAGGUGGAGGUGUUGUGUCAGCAGGAGGAGGAAGAAACACUGAGAAUGACUCCACACACAUGACAUGACUACAUUUCUCUGCCAGAGUCGCUUUCCUCUCAGGCCUCAUCUCCACUCUCCUCUUCCUUCAUUCGCAUGUUUCUUCUCCUCAGAAAUGAUGAGACUAACUGUUGCGGCAUGUUUCCCUCUUUUCUUCUUCCUCUUGCUAUGGAGCGCCAUUGAUAAAGAUGGUGGUAAUCUUAAAGAUGAUGAUGAUAAUGAUGAUGAUGAUGGGUGCUGGGAUGUGAAGUGCAUGUUGCCAUGACAGCUGAUUUUGCUCUGCUGUAGACUGCCAUCCAGUAGAAGCGGGUCGUAGAGGGCUUGCAUGCUUUAGGAAAACCCUAUCUACAAUCAACGACAACUAGUCGAGUGUUACUCUCUCCUCUCCUCUCCUCUCCUCUCCUCUCCUCUCCUCUCCUCUUCUCUCCUCUCCUCACCUCUCAGGACGAUGUAGUCAAAGCUGGAUUUGGUGGACAGUUUCAUUGCUGUACCUUUUAUGCCAAACACCAACUCUGCCAGUUAGCGCCUACAAAUUGAUGAUGAAGAUUCAUGUUUGAUAAUAAAAGCUUGAAUAACAGGAUGAAGGAUUUGAUGAUAUCCUGCAAAAAAAAUUAUUUUCCAAGUUGUUAGAUAAAUAGAAAAAUAGAUAUACCAUACUAUCAUGGAUGUUUUAUGUUGUUGCUUCUACUUUAACCCAGCCCUGAAUUAUUAAAGUUGAGAAUCUGACAGGUUGUUUUCACUGGGGCAAUGUUAGGCCUCCUUUUAUGAUACUCUAUGAGCCACCAUUAGACAACAAACUUUAAUAACUUUCAGCCAUGUCCUUGUAAACUUUUAUUUUGGACACACAAGCCUGGAGUAAUGAGUAUGUUUUAAGCUGACAUUGAAGCAUUAACUGUGAAGCUCUCCUCUCACGCUUCACAUUUCGUUUUAUAAUAUAAUUAAUGCAGUGUAGUUCUUUAUUACAACGGAGAAUUAGGGCCACAUUGAGAAAAAAAAAAUUAAGACUUCGAGAUUAAUGUUGUUAAUUUACGAGAAUAAAGUCGUAAUAAAGUAAUUACUGGUGAAAAUAAAGUUCUACUUAUGAAUUACUUACGAAUAAAGAUGUUGAUGUUUAAAACUAAUAUGUGCAAAAUGAGGCUAUUUUCAUUAAAUGUUACCAUGAUACUAUGAAGUUAACAUUGCAAAUAUUUAUAGCAGUGGUUAACGCAAAGGGAUAUUCUGGCGUAAAAUUAUACUUAUUAUUUUUAAUUAUUUAUACCAACUUUAGUAACAAAUGUACAAUGGCGAUACACAGAGGUCAUAGGAGCCAUAAACAAACCUCAACCAAAACACCACUCUAUAGCCACAAAUAAUGCUCAGAACAGCACCUAACUUCAUCAACAGUACGUAUAGGGUCCUAGCCAUAGUACUAGCCACCAAACAUCUUUUUAACUUUGUACAAAGACCUCAGACGAGUCCAUCGACCACAGCGGGUUGACACAGCUCAAGGACGAACAUUUAUGAUCAUUUCUUUAUGGAAAUGCAAUCAGACUGAGACGCUAAAACAGAAGAUCUACCGUGUCUGCAGUGCAAAAUGAUUAAUAUGGUGAUUAUUAUUUCAAGGAAAUGAUAAAGAAAUUAUCAUAAAUGUUCUUCCUUGAGCUGUGUCACCCAGCUGCAGUCAUUGAUGGACUUGUCCGAGGUCUCCGUUCAAACAAGCGGCUUCUGGAAGAGAGUGGGUAAAUUGUGUUUAUGCUCUUUGCUAAAGAAAUAAGGCAAAGCUAAAAAGAUGUUUGGUGGCUUGUGCUAAAGGUAAACCCCUGAAACCUAUGAAACUACUGCUGUCAUUAAUGACCGGAUGGAUUCACCUCUCUUAAAUAUGGCCGCAACAAACAAAAACUGUUGUCCCUUUAUCCUGAUACAUGUCAUAUGACCACUUUUUUUGGCGGAUAUAAAAGCUUGAAUACAAAUAAAGUCCCUCCAGUCAAGAUGAAGCAGUAUGCGUGGACUGAGUUGAUACGAAAGGGCAAUUUUUGAGAGUAAAUUUCAGUUUUUUGUUGUGUGUGCAUGGUCAUCUUGAAGUUUGUCCUCAGAUUCCUGUUCUAGUUUCCAUGCACUUUAGAAAUUAACAGGGUGAUUGCCAACUCCUUCUGAAUUAAUAGACUGAAACAAGACAUCCCCACAUCUUCAGUAUCUUCUUUACAGCUCAAUAUUUAUAGUACCAAUAGUGCAGGCGGUGGAUGAUAAAAUAUUUUGAUGCUUCUUUAAUCAAAGCACCCAAGAACUGAAGUCAAUGACAGAUUUUAAGAGGUAGUUUGUAUCAGGCAAGGUCUUUUUGAAGGAAUAACAAACUGACUGUUAUUGGAAACUUAAGAGUGAUGAAUUAAAGGAGGAAACUAAAUUUGCUGCAGAAGUGUCUGUAUUCAGGACUGAAAUUGAUACUUACGCAGGGGGGAAGUCAAUAACAGACAUUUGACCUUCUGACAGAAUUAAAAUCAUCGAUCAGCACAUGUGAACAGAUAAUCCCGCGGCCUCGCCCCAAAGAGAAAAAUCCCAUGUGACGGCAGCUCCAGUUUGAGUCUUUUAGACAAAUGAAAAAGCUGAUCACAGACCUCAGUGGAAAGUUUGAUGUUACUCUGAAGUUUCUUAGGUUACUUCACUCCCACGUCAAAUCCAAAGGAUUAUGCAUUGCUCUCACUCGUGUGAGCGUGCAUGCAGAGAAUACAGACGAGUACAUUUGUGUUCCAGUGGUGUUCGAGUUUGAAAAAGAAAGUGAAGGAAGCCGUGAUUUUUUUGAGACAUCGAUAGCGCUUCAUCACUCCAACUCUGUCCUCUAACUCACAAACUUCAGAUUCCUUUCGGAGAUUUUGACUGAUUUGUGCUCAUAAAGAGUGUGUGUUUCUCCAUGUGUUAGUGUGUGUGAUAGUGUGUGUGCAUUAGUGACCAUGACUCCAAAGGUGGGUCGGGUUAUUUAUAGGUUCUCACCCAUGGACUGAUAUACCCUGAACCCUGGUAGCCCUGACGCUUGAUUGACAUAUGGCUUCCUCUGCCUGGCAGACUCCCCCAGCUCAGUUUACUGAGAUUGUGUUUAGUCCUGUGUGUGUAUUUGUGUGAUUUUGGUGUGGAGGGCAUAAGAUACAGCGAUCUCCAGUUUGGCAGACCUCCAAUGCCUUCUAUACCAAACAGUGCAGAGGGACAGACUACAGUGAAAGGUCAGUGUUGUGUAUUUUAGCUUCUGUGUGAGUGUGCGUCGAAGAGUUUGAUGGGUGGACACGGUCAUCAUGCUGAAAUAACUGCUACCUCUGCCCUCUGGCUUGUGCGCUCAUCGUUUAUUCACGAGGCUUGUAGCCUUGUUGUCAGAGCGCUCAUCUCAGCUGAGCAUUAGUAUUGCUCAAAGCCUUGGCUCUCAUCUCUUUUCUCCCUCCCCCUCCUCCACCACCAGCAGCAGCAGCAGCCCUCUCUGCACACAUGCUAAUCCAGAAGUAUAGGCUGACACCAUGCCCUAACAGCAUUUCCAUGUUUUAAACAUUGUGCUCUUAAAGCUUCUUCUGCACUCUUGACAAUCUAAAGUGUGUGUUUGUGUGUAAGCGCGCUGUAGCUGCACAAACAGCGUUUUUAUAUUGCAUCGGUUGAGUUGUGUGCGUGCACGUGUGACUGUAGAUUACAUGUGUGUUAAUGUGUUGCAUUCAUUAGCAGCAGCAGGGCAAAGCCACGGUUGUUAUAAAUGGCCAUCUCAUGUUGCACCUUGACUUUGACACCCUCAAAUUGCCGACUCCUAUAGAGCUGUGGAGGUAAUUUACCAUGAUGGUGUUUGUGUGUGUGUAUGUGUGUGUGCGUUUGUUGAUGUGUUGGCUUCCAUGCGGGCUUUUUGCUCCGACACUGUGUUCCUUUUUUCUCAUGUUUCCUCCGCCGUGGGCCAAAAUUAGAUGACUGGGCGCCUGAAAAUGGGGUAGAGAGUAGCCCAAGUAGGAAAAGCCAAGCGUGUAAAUGUAAAGGAGUUAAGUAGAAGCAGAUUUCUCUGUCACAGUCUGUAUGUUUCCAUUAUAUUACAGCCCCCAAAUGAACGCUUUGUCAUUAUGUUAUAUACUAAACUUUGAAAAUGAAGUUUAAGAGCAGCUACAUGCACUUGAAGAAGACUUAAAAAUCGCUCAUUUUUUACUAGCAUGAUUCUUUAAAAAACUCUCGAUAAUACAAUCAAGGGAAUUAACUACCAUCAUGCUGCGUUCAAUUAGACGGACAUUCUUGCCUUCGGCGAAAAAAAAGCUCCCUGACGGAUUCUUGACACUGUUGGUGUUGAAGGGGUGAAGGCUUAAGAUGUGGAUGGAUGUGAUGUGGUGCGGGGUGGAAGGACCCCUUGGCGCCGAACGUUAGAGGACCGGGGGGUGAAUAUAGUGGAGGAGGGUCGCAUCAAUUUGGCUGGAAUGACAAGUGACAGUUUUAAAGUAUGACAGCGUUAAGAUGAUGGAUUCAUGGGGGUUGCGGUGAUAUGUGAUGGGGUCAAAUAAAAGAGAGAGGAGGGAGAGUAAAUCUCUGACAGUCAGUUUUUUUGAUUGAGUUUCCACGAAGCUUCAUCUCGUUUCUACUUUUACCCUAAUGCAUAUUCUAUUUGAGAGCAGUUUAAAGUUUUUCUUCAUCCCUGUGUUAUCAAGCAACCCUCAAGACAUGAACAUCAACAUCAGUAAGACAGCCCGAGCUGAGAAAAAAUAGCCCUCGAGGAAUUAUAAACAACAUCAUGAGACCAACUUGAAGCCAUUUCCUCUUAAUGCUUCAGUCGCUGCAGAGGAGAGAUGUUCACACUCCCAAAUUAUACAUGAACCAGGAGGGAUCACAGGAGUAAAACAUGCACAUCAUGUUUGAAGGUAGAUAGUCUCCUUUAAUCCUUUUUUUUUUCUCCUGCAAAUAACACUCUCCUCUCUUUGAUAAAGAUCAAAUCCACCCCCCGUAUCACCUGAUAUCUGGAUCCCUCUCGGCAAAUGUGCUCUGUCACCAUCUAAGGUAGUCCACUCUGUUCUAAUCUCUGUCACACUUACAGUACGGCUUCAUGAUAAUGGAAGCUGAUGUAAUAAAAGUUUAAUGGAAUGGGUAGAUUCAUGGGUUUGCUUCGACUUAAUCAGAUAAGUGAUAUGAGGAAUGGAGAUGUUUGGAGGCUGCUGUAACGAAGUCAGACAAACAACAUUAACAGAGUACGCGGAAUGUUUGCAGGGAUAUUGAAGCGGCCUGAAUUUAAAUACACUUUCCACCAAUUAAUAAACAAACAGAAGAAGCAUUUCUAUGUUGUGAAUUAAAGUCAUUGAACAGUUUAUAAAGGGGUGAAUACAUAUGCAAGGCACUUCAGAUUUAUUUAGUAAAAACUCUAGAUAUCAAAGUUCAGUUAAAGUCAUUAGAGAUUUUUGAACGAAUGAUUGUGUUGGUACCAAAUUGGUCGUUUAUUUAAUGUUAAUUGGUGUUUUCUGCAGGAAGGCAAAUAUGUGGAGACACCAACAUUAAUGGUGUGAACACAACUGUUUAAAUAAGACAUAACAAUUUAUUUUGUACUGUAGUUUUAAACUUCCAUUAGAUUAUGUGUGGGGAUGGGAAUUACCAGGUAACUCAAGACUGGAUACGUUAUGUCACGUUACAAUACGUCAUGUUACAUCACUUUAAGUUACGUUACGUCACCUUACAUUAUGCCAAAUUAUGGUGCGUUACAUUAUUGUACUUGAUGUUACGUUAUGUUACAUUACGAUGCAAUACGAUACAAUGCUACAUGAUGUGACACAAUGCAAUGCGAUAUAAUGCAGUAUGAUACAAUGCGCUACGAUGGAAUACGUUACAUCACAUUACGUCACAUUACGUUACAUUACGUUAUUGCACUUCACGUUACGUUAUGUUACAUUACGAUGCAAUACGAUACAAUGUUACAUGGUGUGACACAAUGCAAGGCGAUAUAAUGCAGUAUGAUACAAUGCGCUACGAUGGGAUAUGAUACUAUACUACAUGAUUCGAUGUGAUAUAAUGCGAUAUGAUACGCUACAGUGCGAUAUGAUAUGAUGUGUUACGAUAUGAUGUGAUAUGAUGCAAUACAGUACGAUACCAUGCCAAACCAUACAAUACUAUAUGAUACCAUACAAAAGGGUAUGAUAUGAUACAUUAGGAUGUGGUAUGAUAUGAUAGGUUAAAAUAGGAUAUGAUAGUGUUGAAACUUGAUAGCUUUGUAACUGGUUGCUUAUGUUAUAUGAUAUGAUACUAGUAAUACUGUUUGUAACCAUACCAUACCAAUUAACUUGUGUAUUUACUGCACUUGGGUUUUGUUAUGGGGAGAACCUCACAGAAAGGCCCAAGUCCGGAUUCUAACCAGUAACCUGCUUGAUCUCCACUAUGCCACCAUGCUGUCAAAUAGACAUGCUGUAGAAAUGUUCAGAAAUAUCUACACCUUCAUUUAGAAAGUGGUUGUCAGUGUAAAAAGGAGAAAAAUGUGUUUUCAUAUGCAUUAUAUCUACCAAUUUCCAUGUUGAUGGCUUUUCUCUGCAGCCUGCCUCGUCCUCUUCUCCUCCUGUUUUUAAUGUCUUGUGUUUCCUCAAAUGCCCGCUGACAGCCUCCAGAUUGCAUGCCUAAACUUCCUGCAUUGAGCUGUGGGUUACAUGCGCUGUAGGUAGUGUAGGUGGAGAGAGCUCGGUGAUAUUUUGGGUAACUGAACAUUUCUGGGCUGUCAAGCCCAUUUUAUAGCUGCCAUGAAAAUAUUACAUCAUAUUGGAGGAAGAAAGAUGCGCUCAGAAUUAUAACAUACAUUGCCUGUAGCUACUAUUUAAACAUGUUAAGUGCAUUUUACAGUGCCUUGCAUAAGUAUUAUACUCCUGUUUUUCUUCUCUAUAAUUGAAAGUGUUGCAACAUUGAACUGAAAUAUGCUUCUUCAGGCAUUUUAACAUUUACUUACUCAACAAACAACCUCCUAACUUAAAUAUUCCCAGUUUAUAUGUAAUAAUGUAAUUUAUGUAGGAAAGGUGACAUGAAAAGAGCAGAGGUGUCUCAGUGUGUGUGGCAUUGAGACUGGCACUCUAACAUUAAAAGGCACGUGAGAGUGGACAUGACUUGCAGGGUGAUAACUGGUACUGCACUAAUACUGUAAAUGUCAGUGGGUCAGUGCUGGCAGAGGAGACCCCCACCUUCCCCCCAGCAGCUUUUUGGCAGGUGACUGAGGCGGAAACUCGAUCAUUGGGGUAAGCUGUGUCCAGACUUCCAGUCGGUCCAAGCUGGAUUCAGCUGCAGCCGAGCCGGAGUUGACUAAUCAUGGCUGGGGGUCGAGGAGCUCCAGAAACCGGGGCUGGACUGAAGAGCUGGAGGUCCGAUAGAGGGCAGAGAGAGAUGGGAAGGCCGAGGCAGAUGAAGCCGGAGCAGGCAGAGACUGGGAAGGCGGUGGUGUUUAAACUGCAGCCACAGACUGCACCUAAACAGUUACAGGUGGGCUGUUUGAUUGUUUCAGUUUCCGCAGAGCCAAGACCGCAUGCUGGUAUGCUGGCGAUGCAGAUUUAUGUGCAACAGGUCUCCUCGCUUACUGCCAGCAUUAGUGAAAAAAUACUGGACCAAACAGUGAUGUUGCACGUAGCUGCUUUAUUCAGACCUUGUAUUUUUUGCUGACACUCCAGAGAUGUAAAAAGGUCGGAGUUGUGACUGUUUUUUUUUUUUUAAACCUGCAUCUAUUUAUGUCACAUUUCUAACACUAAACUCUGACACGCCAUAAAUUACAGCUGUACAAAGCGCUGGUUGUUUGCUCAUGUUUCCAAAGAGAGGGCAGGUUUGUGCUCAGAGCGCUGAACAGCAGAGUUAUUUUUGUAGCAUUGCUGGGUUUGCUGUAUGUAUACAUAUGGAAACGGAGCUCGGAGAGAUAGUGUUUCUGAUUGAACAGGGUCACCCAGUCCUUGCUCCAGGGGCAGGAAUGCAAACCUGUGUCUUUAUUGAAAGGGGAAGUGUGCUAUUAUAGUCGUGUUAUUCGCACACAGAGAGCUGCUAAUUUGAGGAGGCGUUUUAUUGCAGCGGGGUUUAAUGAUAUUGGAUGAGCUCCAGGGGCGGUGAGGUGUCCGGACUGAGAAUGAAUGAGGUCUAGACAAGCUCUCAGAUGUUGAACAGGAUCAGAAUCUCUAACAUCUUGUUUUGUUAAAAGUUCCUGUAACCUAAAAGCCUGUCAGAGUUUUCAGAGUAUUACAGCAAACAUUCACUACAGUAUUUCUCUGCUCUAAAUCUGCCAAACUACAUUUGUGUUCUUUGCACAAGAGCUGUUGCAUUAAUUCGACUUCUUAAUAGACAGAAGAGAAAGUUGGACUCUGUGAUCGAUGCGGGUUUGAUAUCUGGUUUAAUUUGAAUUACAUUACAUUACAUCCCCUCUUACAUUGAUUGAGGAUUAAAUUGGUCAAAGCAGAAAUAGACUUGAAGGAAAAAUAACUCCUGAUUGAUGUGUGUCUGUGCAGGCGCGCACGUUUUUACACGCGCGCACACACAGACAGAGGGAGCAUCUGUCUUUCUUGGCACUGAGCUGAAGUGGAUGGCAUUGAUUUAGACCUCUCUCAUUCCUUCCUCCAUUCCGCUCCUCCUCCCCUCGCUUCCCCACUUUGUCUCUUCUCUCGCGGCUGCCAUUCACAGUCACACUCUGCAAAUCACCUCUCAUGGAGCCUUCAGAGCUGCAGUCGGCGGGGGAAUUUUGGCUUUCAGCGGCGAGCGUGGUACCCUGCCAGGGCGGCUCAAAAUGUCCUGGCUAACAACCAUCCUUCAGUGUCUGAAUGUGGGCUUUUUUUCUUUUUUUUUUUUUUUGGAGGAACAUUUGGGCUGUGAAUUUUAAACAGGGAUGGAGUGUUGUAGGACAAACUGAUUUGAGACGACUCGAGUGUCAUACUUAAAAAAAGUGCGAGUUGUAGUUGUAGUUGUCAUUUUGAGGUUUACUUUUCAAGAUUAAGAUCCUUCUGGACUUGUGUUGUACUUCUUUCUUCUUCUUUGUGCUCAAAAGAAAACUUCUUUGGAUCCAACUGAAGUGGUCCACAGUUUUCUAAAACCGGUUGCUGUGCACAAGCUGGAAUUUAAAAAUGACAUAACAAAACAUAACAUAGGCUGAGUAAUAUUAUAUCAGUCUUUAUUUCUCUCUCUGCACUCGAUGUGAUGUUAUUUAAUGACCUGCAGUAUCCUCGUGUGGCCGGAUAGCAAACUACAACUCACACUUAAACCAGUCAUCAGUUAUUUGAGAACGACCACAGAAUGAAAACAUGUCUUGUAUCUUUGUAUUCUGGAGCACAAAAGAGGAAGCUAAGUUAUGUAUUAUCACAACGCAAGCCUCCUCUGUAUUAUUGCUUGUUCCUGAAAUUGUAUUUUUCAGUCUAAGAGAACAACAAAAAUAACAUUUCUUCUUCUACAAUUCUGUACAGAUUCAUUUUUUUUCUGAUCCAAUCCAAUAUCGAUACUUGGGCUGAGCGCAUCGGCCGAUAUCGGAUACCGAUCCAAUACUACUGUUGAAUGAAUGAACUGUAUACCUUGCCCUGUGAGUGAAGGCAUCAGACUUGACAUUAGCCUUGUUAAAAAAAGGUAACAAAUUAACACAGAUAUAAAUUUACUUAAUAUUAUUUAUUAACAAAUAACAAAUUGCACCUUAGCACACAGAAAAAAGAAAUAAGACUUUCAUGUAUUAAAAGAAAAAUUAAUUAAAAGAAAAAAAAAAAAGACUCGACCAGAAUGCUGGAUCGGCAUCAUUCAUCUGAUAUCCAAUCUAGUUAAUUAGUCAAUAUCAGAGCUGAUAUGUGAUGCAAAUAUCGGAUUGGUGCAUCCCUAAUAUCUAUAUCAAGUAGAGUGUCAAACUCCUGACCUGGAUGACACACGUGAGGUUUGAGCUCAAAAGAGACACAGCAACAAACGUGCACACAAACACACAGCAUAUAGAAGUGUUUAUUUGUCAAUAUCGGAGCCGAUAACUGAUCCAAAUAUCGGAUCGGUGCAUCCCUACUAAUAUCUGCAUUAUGUAGAUGAGAGCUGAUGUAGUUGUCUUCUAUUUGGAAACGAUAAGCAUGAUAAACUGAGAAAACACUGUAACUUUUACCACUGUUCAUGCUGCUUUAUUACAUAAACUAGCCUGCUUUAAGCUGCAAAGUGCGUCUCAUGCUUUAUUGAUACUUGUGAUCCUUUAUUUUGCACACCUUUGAACUCUUUCUGAUAAACACAUGGACAAUUGCAGAGAAAGAUACAGCAUAAAACAGUGUUGGAAGAGACCAGAACAGACAACAGAGCAGUCUAAUGAGUGUAAAGAGGAGCAGAAACUGUGAAUGGAUGAGGAGAGCUGGGGCGGUGAUGUGAUGGGACUCAGAUUAAUGAGCGUUGCUGUGUGUAAUUAAUCUAUAGCGGGCAGCUGUCUGUUGAUCUGUCUCAGGCUUGACAGAUAACUGAGAGACGUCUAAUUGAUCCCCUCUUCUUCUUCUUCCUCUCUUGGCUCUCCGUCUCCUCUCCUCUCUCCUCCUUCAGAUCAGAAAGUUUCCCUGACAGUGACGGACUUACUCGGGAACUCCUCAGAAAGUGGGACCACUUAGAUCACGUAAUUGAUCACACCAGCAAAGACUUGACUGAAGUUUGUUUAUUCUUCCCAUCUCUGUAAAAUUAUAAUAUUUUCUUGGGAUUUCAGCUGGCCGUGUUUGUAAACCAGUCGAGGUCUGUCAGGGCUUAUGAGGGAUGAAAAAAGAAGGGUGUCCAGGCUUUGCUCCUCUAAUGUGCUUAGGGUCGGGGAUUUGCUCUGACUGUGUGUUUGUAUUUCAUUAUGCCUCCACCACUAAUCCAUUUUGCUGGAGACCAUCGCUGGUUCCAUGCAUUGCACCCUGUGUGCCUUGUGGCUCUUGAAACUUGCGGUUGAAGCUCUGCCAGGCUGGGGUCAAAGGUGACUGGGUCAUGCCGGUCUGAGCUGCCGGCUGGGGUGCUGUGGGGGUCAGAGGAGAGAGACAUCGCCACAAAUAGUCACUGGCUUGUGCAAGGGGCUCAAAUAUCUCUUUUCAGCAGCAUGAUACUCACAAACACGGACAAUAAAUUAACUUCCCUGUAUUUAGACAGAGAUAAGUAUUCAUUAAAAUAAUUGUGGGAUGACCCUGACCUAAAUUUGGCUUCUCUUCAAAGAAAAAGCUAAAUAAAGAUUAAAGAUGUAAACAAACUGGAUAUAUGAGCUAAGAAGCAUAACUUAGACUUUUAAAUAGAACUAUUUAUGUAUCUACUUCCCUUUCAGCCACGUGUUGCUGUCCUGGUUUGCCAAGAGGAUCUCCCUUUGCAGUCCUUAUUUUCACAUAUUUAUUUUUCUUUACCUUCCCACAUUUUUCAUAAAUGGGUCAACGACGUAUAAGGUUUUUAAACAUGCCAAUUUCAAAAUAGCAAAAAUAAGAAUGUAUUUUGCAAAAGUUCAAACACUAAGGAUGUUAUGUAUUGUGUAUAAAUGUUGUGAAUUGUCCGUGGCCUUAAAAAAUGUCAUGUGGUGCGACCAUCAUUUAUCUCAAAAUUAUUACAAUUUUUCAACAUACUUAAUAGUUUUUUUUACAAAUUGUCAGUAAUAUCAAGUAAAUAGAAACAAAGUGUUUGCAUUUCAUUUGAGUUUUUGUAAAUAAUGAUCUCACAUUUUAGCUUUAUAAUAUCACAGUCACUAUAUUAAAUGUAGUUGACUGACUAAUUUUUUCUUUAAAUUGCAAAAUAAUUAUAUAAAUGUUUUAAGACUAUCUUUCACUUAAGCAUAUUGUAUCAGGUAUUAAUGUUUCAGUUACAGAAAUUUGAUAUUUUACUUUGUAUUUAAUACAAUGAAUGUUAUUAUUGGUCACACCACGUGAUAUUUUGAGACUGUUAAGUUCAGAAAAAUUACAAAUAAGUCCUGAUUUUUGAAAAGCUGAAGUGACUACAUGUAUGAGAGAUACUACAUAUAGAAAGCCUAUAUUUGUGCGUUUAAACCUUUUUUUACUUAGAAAAAAUACAGCCAGACAAAAUAUUUAGGCGUCACGUCAUUGACCCAAAUACUUUUACAUUUAUAAAACAUCAAAUUAUCACAUUAUGAUCAGUUUUAGCUGCAUACUUUUAAUUUAUUCUGCAGAAGUGAUAUCCACCUAUCCGAAAAACCCUUACAUGUUCAGACCCUCCUCCUCAGAUGAUGGUUAUUAAACACAGUAACUAACAGGCAACAGGAUGGCCCGAGGAAACAGGUCAGCUCACACCCUAUUAAUCAUGGAAACCCUGUAAAAUCCUCCCCUUGAAUAAUCCUGCUAAGACCUUGUGUGCAGUUGUAUUAAUAACAUGUCAAGAAAUACGAGGAAGUGCUUUAUGAAAUCCUUCUUUAAGUAUCAAAGGUGGGUCAACCUGUCAGCUCGUGCGGGUCAUAUUCAGCUGAGGUCAGAAGGAGUCGUCACCGUCACUGAGAUUGAAGAUAUUUGUCUCAGGGAAUCAGAUUACAAGAAGACUCGCUAUUCUCUUCCCUUUAAUCAGUGAAAAUUAACAUCCACGUCAUUUUAAUUCAUGCUGAUGUCACAGCCAGUGACUGUGCCGCAUGAGAUGAAAUACACAGUAAGACCAGUAGAGGGCGGCAGAGCGUAAUGCACCUCAUGAGAGCGUGCUGAUCUUUGCUGACAUGCUCGAAACUUUCUGGCUUGCUAAAAAUUUCUAAAACAUUUAAUCGUUUGUGAAGUUUAAGUUAAAAUCAAGCCUGUCAAAACAGAAGAUUAAUUUCCCUCAGACCCAGCUCAAGUCUCUUUAGGAUAGUUAUUCCUCUGAGUAAUUGCCUGCAAAGUUUGAACAUGAAUCUUCUCUUUUGCAAAUAUCUGUUCAGCCAAAAUUUUCCAAAAUCAAUUAAAGUUUCAGGUUCUGCUGGAUCAGUUACUAGCACAACUAAUCAUCUACAGCUUAAAGUAGUGCCAAAUAAAUACAUGAUUUACUCUAGUUUGAGAAGCGGUUGCCCAGGACUACAGUGCCCAGCUGUUUCAGUAAAAAUCUGAGAUUUUCUUGGGAUCAAAAUUAAAACUGUAAUAAGCAUCAAAUUAAUCACAUCGUAUUCAGCAGCAACUUCAUAAUACGAGUUGGUAAUGUCGCUCUUGUGUGUAAAUCUCUUUAUAAUGGGAGUUGUUAUUGUUUAUGAAAAAUAGAGGACAGAUUGGACUAGGUCUGUGACUAUUUUUGCAUUAUAUCAACAACAAGGAAAAUACUCAAUAAUACAAGCAUAAGCUAGUCGGACAGCUCAUGUUUUAAAAGUUUGAGAUGUUUCUUGCUGCAGCAGGACACUGUUCAUGCCUGGCAGGUUGUCUAUUGUGAAAUCAGUACAGCUGGAGUUACCUGCCUGAACUAGUUCAAAGGCUUUUCUGUAAUAACUGUCACACAAUUUUGUUGCGAAAGAUAACUGACUGAGGAACAUUUUUAAGAAAAAAAAAUUGACAGAAACAGAUGCAGUGAUUCAUGAUGAUUAGUCUUUAUUCUGCUCUGUUUGUCAAAUCACUUUGUAAACUUUGGUUUUAAAGGUGCUGUAUCCAUAAAGUUAUUAUUUUUGCAUUUGCAAUAGUGGUGAUUUAAGCCUGACUAGCGUGGCUACAUUACAGUUAGAUGCACUUGCCAAGCUCAUCCAGCAGAGGGAGCUAGAGGAUAGGGACAAGAUAAUCUCGCUUCUUACCUGAAUCAUGAGGGAUAAUCUAUUUAAAUCCAUGUAAUGUUUGCAGUGGAUUCGUGCUGUUGUAAAAGAUAAGAGCUCUUGGCUUGUACAGUAUCACAUCAGAGAGGAGACCAACACAAAACAGCGAGAAAACAACAACAAACCUGUUUAAUCUCUCUGUUAACCAGUGGUGUUUCAUUUCACACAUCACUAUUCAUUAAUUUUUUGAUUUACUGAUUGACAGUUGGCCGUCUUAAAUCACAGCUUUGGAUCAUGUUUGGUUGUUUAAAAGACACUUAAAGAGCAGACGAGAGUCCUGUCCGUCUCUGCUAUCUGGAUGGUUAGCUGAUGUUAUCUUUCUUAGACAGCUGUGAAUAAGCCUCAGUUCCCAAAUCAGUCACUGAUGCAGAGCAGAAACAGUUGUAGAAGCGAGUGCUAAAAAUUUGCCUUUGUGUGUCUGUGUGUGUGUAGAUACACACUCAUGCUAAUGCUCUGCAGUGAGAGUCGUGACGGAGAGAUCCACAGAGCAGUAACAGGCUCUGAGAUUAAACAGAAAAUUAGGACGACCGCUGUAAUGUGGAUGGAGGAAGGAGAAAGUAUCUGUUGUGCAAGUUUAAAAAAAAUAAGUUUUAACAACAUGUUAGCUAGCUUGACUGAUCCAGUCAGAGAAUAUUAUUUUAUGGCAGGACUGAGAGUUUGGAGAAGGUUUGCUGAGGAGGUGAUGUUCUGCACUGGGUGUGUGAGUGUGUGUGCGUGUCAGCGAAAGACUAAAUGUGUGCGGUGAGCUUUAAUGAGUUUCACAUUAAAAUGUGAUGCAGUAUGGUAGGACAAUACAAUAUGUUACAAUACAUAUGUUUUGAUCGGUGCGAUACAAUUUGAUACAACAGUUAUGCAACAAUACCAUACAAUAUUAUGAUACAAUACAAUACAAUGUAAUACAAUACAUCAGGAUAUGAAAUGAUAUAAUACAAGCAAUACAAAACGUUACAUUACGAUAAGAUAUGAAACAAAAUGAUACGCCACAAUGCUUCAUGAUAUGAUACAUUACUACACAAUGUGAUAUAAUUUUAAACAAAACAUUACAAUACGAUGCAAUACACUACGAUAUGAUACAAGACGAUAUAUGUUACGAUACUUGUGUUAUGAUAUGAUAUUAUUCAUAUGAUGCGAUAUGACUAUAGAUACAAUAAUAGGGAUAUGUCACAAUACAUCAUGAUAUGUUAUGAUAGGAGCGAUACAAUAUGAUACAACAGUUAGCAACAAGUGAUAUGAUAUGUUACAUUACGAUACGAAACAAUAUGAUAUGCCAAAAUGCUUUACGAUGUGAUACGUUACCACACAAUAUGAUAUAGUAUGAUAUGAUUCACUACGAAACAUUACAAUACAAUACAGUACAAUACAAUACAUCAUGAUACGAUACAUCAUGAUAUAUGUUAUGAUACUUAUGUUAUGAUAUAAUAUUAUACAAUACGAUACCAUAUGACGAUAAGAUAAUAAUUUUGAUAUAUGUUACAAUACGUUACAUUCAAUUUGAUACAAUAUGAUACAAUACAUCACGAUAUAUGUUAUGACACAAUAUAUAUCACAAUAUGAUACAUCAUGAUAUAUGUUAUGAUACUCAUGUUACGAUAUAACGAGAAGACACAAUAAUUACAAUAUAUGCUAUAAUACGUUACAUUACGAUUUUAUGAAAAAUGAUAUGGUGAUAUGAUACAGUUCAUCAUGAAUAAUAUGAUAUGAUUCAAAACGAUACGAUACAAAAUUAUACAAAAUUAUACAAAAUGAUACGAUACAAUACACUUAGCCCCUCUCUGCCCCUACAGAGGUAUAAAUGUAUUAUAACAAUACUGGUGUGUGAACCACUAUAAGUUUCUUAUGGAAGAUACUUGAUGCUCAAACAAAAUCCCAGGUGUGGAGUUAUGAACAGUCAUCAAUAAAUUCUAAAAUCUACUUUUACAAACAUUCAUCCGUCUCAAAAGUUAAUCAGCCAAAUGUAACCAUUGCAUGCUGAAACUUGAGCUAAGAAAUGUCGAGGAGCAGUUCCCUUAGAAGCAGAUUCUUCAUUAACAAACACUUUCAGAGGAGGAAUCAAACAGAAUAGUCAUGCAGCAGAGAAGUAGAGCCUCUCCCUCCUCCUCUUUCUCUUCCUCCUCCUCCUCCUCGGCCCCUCAGUUGUCCCGGGACCCCGCUGGCCAGUGAAGCACAGCCUCCAAACCGGGUUCUAGCAAGGAGUCACGGGAAGGGCAAGCUCAUUAAUUAUCUCUCCCUCUCUUACUCCCUCCAUCCUCCCAUCACACCCUCCCUUCAUUACCAGCAAGGUUAAUCCUCCCUUAUCUCCCAAUGAGCCUCAUUUUUCAUGGCUCCCGGUCCACGACACUUCCUCCCUCCCCUCUCUAGUCACUCUCUUUUUUGAGUUUCUUCUUCUCUGCUUCUUAGUCACUACUUUUGCAUCAUCCUAUAUUUUUAUUUUCUUUAUUCCCUCUGUGUCUUUCUUACUUUAUUUCUCUGCUUCUUUCCUUCCCUCUACUUUCCCCCUUUCCCCUCCUCUCCCCCCUUUCCUGUGCUUACCUUGAACAGGCCGUAGUGAGUGGAGAGAGUAGAUCUAUUACAGCUUAUCACUAAAGGACAGGCCAACGCUGCAAGCCGGUGAAAUAUGGCUGCUGUCACAGCCACCUCCGAACACGACCCGUGCACAGAGCUCGCGCAGAGCUGUAAGGGCGAGUAAAGAAGAGGGGAGCGGGUUGUGGGUGUGGAGGGGGAUAUGGAAGCCAGUAACAGACCCCUAAUUCAAAUUAAUGGGAAGAUUUUCGGUCCUGAUGCUGAGCGUUUGACAGUGAUUUGGCACACAAUUAACCUUGUCUCCCUCUCCCCUCUGCACCCUCUUCACCUCCAUCCACAGCCCCCCUCCCGCUCUCUCUCUCUCUUCCAGUCCUCUGUACCUGACACGCUUCCUGACACUCUCUUAUUGAUUAUGAACCAAAUGGGAUGAUUAUGUUUUAUUAGAUAACUGACACUCCCUACUGUUGUAUGCCAAUUGAAUUAGCCCUGAAUCACCAGUGUACAUUUGGCGUAACAUGAAGUGGCUCUGCUUCAUUUCAGGUUCUUCACAAACAUUCAGUAAUAUAAUGUGCAGUUUAGAGCAGACUUCUUCUACUUCUACAUCUACUUCUUCUUGUAUUAAAGAUCUCUUCAAACAUGUGGUCACUACCUCUAAAGCUUUAAAAACAGCCAUAAAGAUCUGAUAUACUGUAUAUGCACCCACAGGGGCAGGGAUAAAUGGGUAUUCAGUGGUGGCCCUGCCCCUAUUACUGAAAGGCCACCUUCACCAGGGUCCAACAGUGACUUUUAUUUAUUUAAUUUUUGAGGUUGGAGCCCCUGACACCAACUUAUGCCCCCCUUUAUGUUGUGGUGCCUCAUAUCCUAUUGCUGGUCUUGCCCUGAUCAAGAACUUUGAGUGUUUCUGACAACGAAAUACCCUUACUUUCUUCUAACAAUCACCCGUCACCCUCAUUGUGAAUUUUUGAACUGUCAUUAAGAGGCUCUAUGUGUCUUGUUCAUUACAGGAUGCAAAUGUUAUUGAGCCACAGUGAAUAGGAAUUCAAGAUCCAAGAUUCAAGUUUAUUUUGUACAAUAAAAAAAGGAUACUAUAUAUAUAUAUAUAUAAAUAAAUAUAUAUAUAUAUAUAUAUAUAUAAAUAUAUAUAUAUAAAUAUAUAUAUAUAUAUAUUUAUUUAUUUAUUUAUUUAUUUAUAACAGACGAAUAAAGUAUAAGAGAAAUAUUUACAAAGUGCAAAAGCGAUGUAGUAGAUGCUGAGUGUGAAUAUAUGAAAUGGAGGAUAAGUCGGUGAGAUAACUGAGGUAUGGAAAAUUGCCAUAUUUCACAUGAUAAAUAAUGGUGAACGAAUUGUUGUAUUGCACAUCACAGAUAAUAUUGCACAGUUAAGUGGGUAAUUGCACACAUUGGGUAAUUGUCCGAUGGUACUGCCAGGAGUUUUGUAAACAAACUGCAUGUGGGUAGUAACUGUUCUUCAGUCUUUUAGUGUGUGCUGGCAGACUCCUUUACUUUCUACCCGACAGUAGUAGACAGAAGAGUCUUUGUGCUGGGUGGGUUUUGUCCUUCAUAUUUGCAGCAUUGCAUUUAUUCAUAAAACGAAUAAAUAAAUAAAUAAAACUCUACCUACUACCAUCACAUGUUUAUUCACACAUCUUUAGUUUUUCUUUUUAGAUAAAUCUUGUCCCUUAUGGCCUCUUGGUACUUUCUUGACCCUUUGAAAAAUUGCACUUCAAGAGGAUUUGCAAAUAUUUCUUAUCACACUAGCAGCAGUAAUGAUUAUUUGCCGAGGUGUUACUUCAGUUAAAGCCACGGGAAGCAGACCCCCUGCGGUUUUGAUCUUGACUGUAUGACUUGUGAUCUUUGAUAUCAGCCUGAGCCCGCUCUGUGCUCUGCAACAUCUGUCCAGAGUGUGAUGGAUUUCCACUCACCGACCUGUUUAAAAGACCAUCCGUCCUGCAGCCUAUAUCCUCUCAGCUAGACUUGACUCACUGCUUUAUAGGCCGUUUCACCUUGGGUUCCAGGUCACGGCGCCAAACAGCCUAUAAGUUUCAAACAGAGGAGAGCAACUGGAGUGUUUAAGAGGCAGAGAGGAGGUGCAUCCAGCCAAUAACAGAAUAGAGGAGGGAGGUGGUGUGUGAAAGAAUCAGGCUCAGUAAUAGCAAAGGCUUGUGGAGACACUGGAUAGAAACAUUCAGUUUUUGAAAUGAGGGCCAAAAAAUGGCUUAUGGCUUAAAAAGAAGAAAUAAAAUCUUCUAAGAAAUAUUUCAUGAGUGUUAAAAGCAGUAAAAUACUGUUCAGUCAGGACCACUUUAGUCAAAAGUAAUUAUUUAUUAAAAGCAAACAUUUUACAUUGGCGGUAUGUCUCUGUUUUGAGAGUUCCCUGCCCUUCCAUGCACUUGGAUGGAAUGCCACGGCUAUCCGGUCAAACUCUGAGGUUAGCACAGAGGCAAACAAACUUAAAAUCAUCAACAAACAGGCCAAAAGUUAAAACAUUUGUAUUGUGAUAAUCCGGCAGUAGUUUAUGAUUUUUUUACUUAAAGCAGCUGGGAGGAACUUUCAGUUUGUGCCAGUUUUGGUGAACAAAGCAGUUUUUGCUUAUCUUACCCUCUACGUGCUUUAAUUUGAUCUCUUUACAAUCUCAUUUUGCUGACUUUUAACAAAUGCAUCAUUUAUUUUAUAUAUUUAAUGAGAAAAAAAUGUCAUUCCUACCAAUGAUGAUCUUCAAUGCUUUCGUAAAUCAUUGAAGGGCAUUGACACGAACUUUAGUCUUUCAUAAAUGUCAAAAAAAUCCUCACAGGAGCUUUAAAACAAAAGGCUACAACCAUCUUAGCAAUGCUAUCUUAUGGCACAGCCAACUAAGCUUUCAUGUUGGGUAAGAAAAAACUGUGUCCUGAUAAAUGUUAGUACCACUUUUGAUAACAGAGAUCGCUGGAAUAAACCAAAGUUUCACAGAUUGACACGGUAAGAGGAAGUGGUUCUCCUGUGGUGGCAGUUUGCAGGUAGCUCAGUAAAAGAGUCUUGAAGUAACUCAGUGUCAGCACAAUGUUGUGGAAAGAUGAUGAUUAUCCAGUUUUUUUUACUAGACUCAGCCUCAGGCAGCACCGCGUGACACGGACAAACUAUAGCAGAGACGAGUGUGACGGUAAAGUGACGGACAGCGAGGCGUGAGCGCUGUCAAACGGUGUCAAAGGACCUGCUGAUCUGACGCUGUCAGGCCUGAGAGUGCAGUUCAGGGAACACAUGUAAAGGUGGAAAAGAAUGACAAGUUUUCAUGCGGUAAUGCAGCGGAGAGUAACAUGACACCUAUUUAAAGUGUAAAAAGGAAACUUGUGGUAGAUUGAGUGACGUUUUUACAAUUUUACUGCCGAAAGUUUCCAAUCUGAGGCGUAGUUUAGACUCACUUUAAAGCAGUCAACAAUCACAUACCUCUUGAAUACAACAUACCACAUUAAAAGAAACUGCACAUUUCAGUGAGUGCUCACAGUAUGUAAAGCAGUAGCUGCCUUAGUGGGCAUUAACAACAGACAGCACUGUCAACAGGUCAAGGAAGAAAUUUCCAUUUUAAACCCACUUUUGCAGCUUUCAGGUAGAAUCUAAUAUUAACUGAUAUGUUUUUCAGCUGGGCGGCACAGUGGUGUAGUGGUUAGCACUGUAACCUCACAGCAAGAAGAUCCUGGGUACGGCUCAGGGUGUUAUUGUGUGGAGUUUGCAUGUUCUCCCUGUGUCUACGUGGGUUUACUCCGGGUAUUCCAGUUUCUUCCCACAUCCCAAAAACAUGCCUAAGUGGGGUUAGGUUAAUUGUCCACUCUUAAAUUGCCCUUAGGUGUGAAUGUGAGCGUGGACGGUUGUUUGUCUCUAUAUGUCAGCCCUGCGAUGAACUGGCGACUUGUCCAGGCUGUCACCUGCCUUCGCCCCACGAUGCUGGGAUAGGCUCCAACCCCCCCGCGACCCCUAAAGGGGAAUAAGCGGUAGUGGAUGGAUGGAUGGAUGUUUUUCAUCUUGGAUAUUUUUUUUUUAUCUUGUACCAACCAUAAAAACUCAAAAGCGUAGUCCUGGCUUUUCAGAAAACUUAAAGACACAAAUACAAGAAAAAACUCAUGAAGAUACCAAGAUCUAAAGAGGGCAUGCUGGGUAACUUUUAGCUGUUUUAGCCCCUGAUGUUUAAAGGGAUGCAAUUUUUGUGUUUAUUUAGUAUCACUUGAUUUUGGGGCAAAAAAGGGACUUUGAAGACAGAUGGAAACUCAAUAUUCUCCUGACGUAUGAUCGGAGCAUUUGCGAAUUACAGCAAGCGUGUUAAUCCAAGCAAAAGUCCUGAUGACAAGAUCGUGACUGGAUAUUUUUGGUUCUUGAUACUUUGAUACUCAGAGGCUGAAAAGCACCUCUGAAUUACAGUGAGAUCCACGAAAAUAAAAUGUACCAGUUUAGAUGGAUAACAAAAUCUCUCAGAUAGAUUAUGUAAGAGCUUAAAAUCCUCCUCUCAGCUCUCAGCGGCCACACAACAUGUGUCUGUUGCUCUAAUGCAGUGUUUCCUGAAAUGUCCAAGUGGCACAGAAACAGGUGGAUGAAAGCAGCGCGUCUGACUUUUGCCCUCGCUGUCACGAUUUUUACUGGAUGGAGGUGGUGAUCCUUACCAUCAGCAACACAAAUACAGCAAAUGCGGAGCUCAGUGCUGUACCACCAGUUCCCCCAUGACUCACGACACAUCCGUGAAAAGGGCUUAACACAAGGUAGGAGGGGAUCAGCAGCGCCCCGGUGUUCGGGCUGCAUUUGCUUUGAAGCAGAUGUGAGGGUGUGCGUUCGCUCUCUCUCCCCUCUCUUCAUGUUUGCGCGUGCGAGCGCGUGCUGGUGUGCUCAUGCACCUCGCUGAACGUCACGACUGUUAAUGCAUCACGAUCAGCCCACUGAAAAUGAAGCUAAUCUGUUGCGAGGGAAAUGGGGCAGGAAUUAGCUCCUUCAAUCCACCACUGGUUUCCUUUUAGCAUUUGAGGAAUUUAGUCACUUAUCUUCAUGCAUUUUCUAGCUGCAUCCCAACUCACAACACACGGUGGUUGUGCGGCCUGUGUCCUUACAGACGACCAGUUCCAGCGUUCAUUUAUUACAAGUGAUGAUUGAUUUCACACUUGUCACAAAGCCCUGAUAUACAUGAAUUGAAAUUCCAGCUCAGGAAAUCGACAUGCUUCUGUCUAAACGAUCUAAAUCAAACAGGAAUUUCAAUUCAUUCAUUCAGUUUUCAGGCUGGAAUGAUUAAACUGAAAUUGAAUGUCCUGCAACCCAAAUAUCAGGGCUGUCCUCAUGAAGCAUCAGGCUGAACAGUAUCUUUAAGUCUAAACGUGUCCCUUCUUUCGGCAGACGAUCGUUCGAGGGAACCGGCCACCCAAAGAUGCCUCCAUUAACGGUCUACUGGAGGAGUUCGACAACAUCUCAGUAACACGCUCCAACUCCCUGCGUAAAGAGAGCCCACCAGGCCCCCAUCAAGCAGGGACCAGCUCCAAACCCUCGAUCAGUGGUCAUCCUAACGCGCCAGAGGAAAAUGGAUUCAACCAUUACUACUCGCGCUACUCCUGUGAUCUCGACACCUCCAGCAGAGACUUCUCUCUCGACCACAGCAGGCCAAACUUCUCCAUAGACGGGGAGUGGGCCAUUGGGAGGCACUAUCGGUUCACCAAGCAGAACGGUCACUCGCACCCCAUCCGCAGCCCCUUCUAUCCAGACGCCAUGCCCCAAAAAUCAGACUAUGGCAAGCUUCCCCCGGACUACCACACCUACUUGGAGAGCAAAGGCCGCUCAGCAGAUGAGGUAGCCUCCACGGUGGGGAGCGGGGUGGGCUCCAGCGGCUACUACCGGGCGUCUGUGGGCGGCUCUUCCAGUCAGGACUAUAGGGACACUUCAGUGGGAACACCUUCCCGAGCCUCUUUACACAGCGAGCAGAUCAACUACCCAGACAGUGAGUGGAGCUACGGCGGUCUACGGGACGACUACGAUAAGCGGCCUAAGAGUUCUUAUGUGACGCAGACCAGUCCCACACCAGCUAUCAGGCAGAGGUCUCGAUCAGGGUCUGGACUGCAGGAACCAAACGUUCCUUAUGCAGCCAGUGGGGCAUUCAAGAACCCCCCACAGGCUCAUCCGUACAGCUCCUACACCUACCCCCGCCUCUCUGAGAGUCUCGGCAACUCACAGACUCUAACCAAGGUAACCACACCAAACACUGAAACUGCUUCUGUGUCGUAAAAUUAUCCAAUUGUCUUUGAAAUUAUUGUGACAGGGACUUUGAUGGGCUUUAAUCUGAUAUGUCAACACAGAUCUGUAAACAUUUUCCACCGCCCACCACCUUCAGUGCCCGUCAAACCUCCUUUCUCUCUCUCUCUAUGUCUCUCUCUGUAUCGCUCUCUUUCAUUGUCUGUCUCUGCCUCCAGUUCUUGCUUAUUCCCGCCUCGUACCUUCUUUCUGCAUUUAUGUUGAGAUAGACUGUGUCAGCUGUUGAUCUGGUCUGGUCUCCACAUCCUGAUUAACCCCCUCUUCGGGAACCACUUUGUCCACACACAAAUCAAUUAAUGCUCGUGCUGACUACCGACCGGAAAGCUCUGACUUACACAGUUACAGAGGCUAAACAAAGAAAGGCUCACAGAAGUGGAGAGAGUAAAUGAAUAGAUGAUUUUACAGAUAUUAAAAUUAAUGGUCCACUGAGGAGACUUUUGUAAUGAAAGAGCUGGUUAGCUGAUGGCUGAUAUAUAAUGCCGAUUUCACAUAGUCGCUUUCUGCAUUUAACAAAAUAGAGCAAUUAAGACAUGAGGAAUAAAUCAAAUACAUUUGUUUAGAUAAGACAAUAUUUGGUUUCACUCAAUAUUGCAAAAAAAGGGGCUGCUAAGGUAUCUAAUAUUGGGGUUAAAAUAAAAAAGGAGUCAUCUAAAAAUCCAUUGUUUCAAAGCCAUUUACCCUGACAUACAUACAUAGUUAUCUUAGCUAACUUAGCUAAGAGAAAUUCAGUGUUUAAUGCUAUAGAUUACGGAGCAUGGCUGAUAUACAUGACAGGUGCAAAGUUUAACACGUAAUUCAGUACAUCAUAACAGAAUUUAUAUCAAACCACUAGCCAGGAAUUGUUUUAGGUUUGAGAUGUGGUAUUUAUUUUUGUUUUGAAAUGCCAUCAAGCGGCCAACAGAGUAAUCGGUCUAUCUCUAAUAAAAAGUACAACAAGAAAAAAAAAGUCACUCCCAUGGCACUGGAGGCUCAAAAUCCAUCGUGACAAACUAAUAUUAUACUGAAAAUUUCAUUCUGGUCAAGCUAAAAAAUUUUAGCUGACUUGAUUUCCACAAUUUAAUAUUUAUGUUGAUCUUUCUGUCGUAAUUCAGCUCUCCUCCUCAAUGCGUUUGACAUAACUUCAAGGAUAAUUAAGGCACACUGCAACUUACCGUUGUCUUGAUUGCAGGAUGAGAACUUACUCCACUUUUCCUUUUCAGACAUAGUUAGGUCAUAAUACAUUUACCUGCAGUAUUUACUAAUUGAGAAAGCUAAAGGAAACUAAGAUUUUUACUGGAACGAUGUGAGACGAUAUGAUGUGUUUGAUCAAGUUAUCUCAUCCGACCAAUCAGAGUAAGUUUAACUCAGCUGGCUUCUAUUUGAAACUUGAAAAGAAAAACACAAAUAAUACAAAUAAACAACCUCUGAUUCAGUGGUUUAGAUAACCAAGUAACAUGACCUCACAUAGAUGUCAUGUUUCAUAGCUUGCAGCUGUGAAUAAAACUCUCAUAUUGUAAAAGACGUAACACAGCCUGUGAUGUGCUCCAGUGGAGCAGCAGGAGAGACUGAAAUACUCCAGAGACUCCCCCGCACAGAGACUCGACAGACAAGAGCAAACAGACCUCACAUGCAUUAUCACAGUGUAAUGUAACCAUAUGUUUCCAGUGUCUGCUCCUCCAGCUGAGUUUUUAAACCCUUACAAUAUUAUAUAUUAUACCAACAUCAUACUGAUCUGCUGUAGCUACAGUAAAAGAGGUGAGAAAAGGUUGUGAAAUAGUGGGGGGUAAAAAUGCUGCCAGUCACAGGGAUAGUGGUCUUUCUGCAACAUUUUCUUCAUAUCAUUUCUUUAUAUUGCCCCAUUAGGUCCAUUAUACAGGUGUGCAUACUGAAAUCACGAGCCGUCAACCAUCCCCCCUCUUCCUUCACACACAGCAGGUCCGGUGGCUGAAAGGAAAACCAGGUUUGCUGAUGUAGAUCCCAGGGUGCCUUGAUGAAAAACCAUUUAACCUGCAUGCUUCAGUAAAUAGCCACUCGUAGAAAAAAUAACGCCAUGGAGAGUGCAAGAGUAGCAGGACUGGAAAUGAUGCAGGAGAAGGUCAUCUUUUUGCAAAUAUUGUUUAUUAUUAUCACCUUUUUUUUUUUUUUUUUGCUUUAAGAGGCAAAUUCGGUUUCCUGAAUGUGCAGUUUGUAGAGUCACGUGAAGACCGGAGUCACAAAAAUGCCUCUUUAUUAAUCCGAAAAGCUGAAAAUGCUAGAAGAAAUAAACUCCCACAAACUUUCUUCUGGAGUGUUGUUACUAUUUAGUGCUUUGUCAAAUCUUAAUUUAAAAUAAGGGCAUGGUGAAUGUUGGCUCAGAAAUAAAAGCACCCUCAUUUGUUUUGUGAUAUUGGCAGAUUUUGUAGCAGUGGUGAGAAAAAAAAGAGAAACAAGGAGUCAUGCAGCAGCUUAAAAAUCACUAUUCUUCUCGGCUCAUGGACCCUGUAACAAACCCACCCCUCUCCCUCUCCUCUUGUUCUCCUCCUUUUCUUCUCUCUCCCUCAUUCAGCCCACUCACACUGCUGAAGUAAAUCCGUCUUUCCCCCUGCUGUUGUUUGGAGCCGGUGGGGAUGUAACAGUAGACCGCAUGGAGUCUUGGCCACACACACACAAACACACACACUCCUUCUCUCUCUCUCUCUCCCUGUGUUUUGUGGCAUUGUGAGCUCAGUGCCGCAGCUCUCGGUGACAAAUUGAUGUUGCGGCACUUUCCCUUUCUGCAGCCUUAGCAUAAAACCGGCCGAACGAUGUUCCACCGCGGAAUUCAAUUUCACAGUUGAGUUAGGUUGUUGAUUACCCUGCCAAACUCAGAUUAAUGCGCGUUUAACCAACAUGGAUCAGGAGACCCUUGGCUGACAGCCAGCCAGCGGUGCCGGCCAGCGAUAGGGGGGCUCAAGACGGGGCUGUCCCGGCAGCUACAUCCCCCUUCCUCCCUCCCAUCUCCAAACACCUGCCUCAGAGUGAUUGAUUAAAAGAGUUCACACCAUGUAAUUAUACACCAUCCCAACACAUCAGAGCUCCUCCCCCUGCCCUGUCUGUUCUGUGUGUGUGUAUGUGUGUGUGUGUGUGUGUAAAGAAAAAGAGUGAUCGGCUCAGAGACAAAAAAAGAAAAAAGAAAGGAAAGGUUUUUAUUAUCUACUUCGUCUCUUGAGGAUUAAUAGGAGAAAAAAAGAUGGUGGUGAAAGAACAUUAUAGGGAGGUGUGGCAGAGGUUUAAACUAGAGAUUUUCUCUUUGUUUAGUUUUUAAAACAACAUAUUAGUCGUAUUAAUGCUUUGCCAUUACACCAUAACCUUAUUAUAUCGUCAGAUACAUAUGAAGCAUUCCUGUAUUGGAUACUGCAUUCUGAUUGGUCAAUUGCUGCAUUCUAAGGUCUGCUAUUUCUGUAUAAGAGAAUGCUGCUAUGGAGAACAGCCCAACAGGAAGGCAGUUCACAGCAUUACCCUAUCUAAGUUUUAGCUGGCUCACUGUACAUUAUAAAUUAAACUGUGAAUUAAAGGGAUAUUCUGGCCUUAAAUUAAUUUAGGGUCAAACACACUGUAACACCGAGUUAGACACCCCCUCGGGAGAUGGAUGUUGCCGACUGCUGCUUCUCUAGUUAUACCAACUUUAGUAAUGACAGCAGGAUAGCAAUACAUAGCGGUCUGAGGAACCAUAAAUAAACCUCCACCAAAACUCCACUCUAUAGCCACAAAUAAUGCUCAGAACAGCACCUAACUUCAUCAACAGUACAUAUGUACUAUCAUUUAAAUAUCAUGCAGCCAUGAUUUAUGGUUCCUACAAACAAAAAAAACAAACAGAUUCCAGCUUCAUAAAUUGGUAUUUUUGAAAAUAGAUCAUAAGUAGUGGCUUAAAAGUGCAGAGUUCUUACUUUCCUCAAGAUUUUCAUGUGUGUGGGUGCAUUUGUGCGUUUGUGAGUCCUAGUAUGAGUCAGACCAUUUCUGCUGAGUCAUACAACUGUGCUUUUAAUAGGUCCUUCUGAGUUAAGCUCUACUGUAUCACUGCGUGUUUGUGUGUGUGAGUGUGUGUGUGUGUGUGGGGUUAGGAGAGGUUUGCACUAGGUAUGUGGAGACUGGGAUUGGGAGUCCCUGGGAUUCAAAGGAAGAGGUGUGUCCUAGAUCAGGAUGCUCCCCGUGCUCCUGCGUGAUGAAUGGAGGAGCUGUGGAGCAUUGUGGGGAGUAAUGAUAAUGUAUGGCCCCUGUCCUUAGGACUAAAUGUCCUCCGUUAGCUCGGUCCUGGGCUAAUGUACCUGCACACACACCUGGCAUUUUACUCCUGACAGAUGUGCGUGGUCUUGCAUUUUAGCUGAUGAAAAAUCCUUCAGCAACAUACUCAAAGCCAUGCACAAAUCAAAUAACUCUGACGCCGUGCUGUCUCUCCUGCAGGGUGACUACGAGCGUCCGCUACGUGACGGCAGCCCCCAGGUUACAGGCGGUGAGACCUACCCCAGAGGGCCUCUAAAGCAGCCUCCAAGUCAUCCCAAGCCACCCGGAUACCCUCCAGCACACCUGCCCUACCCUCCUGUCUUCCACCAUUAUAAGCCUUCAUCUUACCACCACCCUCCCUCUCAGCCGAGCCCACCAUACACCCCUCAGGUACAGUAUGUUCAGACUUAAGGGAUAUUCAGCUUAAAAUUCAUGUUUCAGUCUAACUCGACAUACUUUACUUUUAUAUUUCAAUCAUAGGGGGCCUACUCACAGCCUUCGUCACCUUACAUCCCCCCGGGGGCCUACCCACCACCUUCCUGGGGGUCCAGCUCUGACACCCAGCCCUCCAGAGUCUCCCAUGAGCAGUUCAGAGCUGCACUACAACUGGUUGUCAACCCAGGUAAGGAAUCAAAGUUGAAAAGUAACUCUUGCGUGCAUCCUUAUAACAAAAUUUCUCGCACUUUGGAGCCCCCCAAAAAAUGAGCCUUGGUUGUAUUGGCACACAGGUGACCCACGGGAAUACCUGGACAGCUUUAUCAAAAUCGGUGAGGGCUCCACGGGUAUCGUGUGCAUCGCCAGCGAGAAACACAGCGGCAAGCAGGUGGCCGUGAAGAAGAUGGACCUCAGAAAACAGCAGAGGAGAGAGCUGCUCUUUAAUGAGGUGUGAUAGACUUAACUGCAGUACAUUUAACUCACACCCACAACAGUGAAUUAUCACACUGACUAACACCCCUGAGGUUUGUUGCUUCACCCAACAGAUUUAACAGGUUGUGUAUUUAUUUUAUAAGACAGUAAUCAGAGUAUUUUUUUUAUUAUUCAGAGGCUGGAAGCUGUAUGUCAUCCUGUUACUGUCGGUCACUCUGACCCAAACCAAGAAAAAGAAACUCCCACUCUCCACAUGUUAGAUCAGAGCCCAUGUUAGUCAUCUAUUGUUGAUAACUUAAAAAGGCAGCAGGAGAGAUGAAACUGGCGUAAAAGCAUCAUUAAACGUGACUUAUUAUGUGCUAAAAACAUCAAAUUAAUUCUCACCAUCCCGGAGAAGAACAGUAGCAUGCUUACUAAUGGAAAAAAUAAUUUGCCUCUGUUCCACUGACAUUUAUCCAUAUAUAUGGCAAUCACACCACCGACACGUUUUUACAUCUGUAAUUGCAUUUAUUUCCUAAGUAGCAUUCACACUGUAAAACCCGAGGCAAUACAUUUAUUCAUAGCAUUUUCUAUUCAUAGUAUGCUUAAUGUUGAAAAUUGAGCUCUGUGUCAUUUUUCACUGCCACUGAAAUUAAUCAUAUUUGGAGACAAAAUUUCAAGAUUGCUUAUUUGGCAGGAGGAAAUUAAUCAAGUAAAGGGCGACCCUUGAAUUUCCUUUAUCUUGCAUUAUUGCUCCGUUCUAUUUUGGGGUGUGUGUGUGUGUGUGUGUGCAUGUCUAUAGGAUAGAGAGGGAAAAAGAGUGGGAUAAGAUUGCAUUUGAAUAUGUCAGUGUGUGUGCGCAGAGUGAACACAGAUGUGAAGCAGUGGGUGUUCAGUUAGGGACUAAUUUGCUUUGUGUAAUCCCAUUAAUCCUUAAAUUUAACCCUUUUAUAGUUAAGCCUCCAGAACAUGUUCAUAUGAGUAAUAUAGUUAAAGUAAUUGAAAUUAGAUAAACCAACUGAACGAAGAUUUAAUCGUUGAAAUGUAAGUACAUUUAGAUUUCAAGUUUGUGACUGUCAUAGCUUCAUAUCAACAGACAAUCAACGUACAAAUACAGGAUGAAAACAUUUAUAUCUGUAUUUGUGUUUGUAGGUGGUGAUCAUGAGGGACUACCAUCACGAAAACGUGGUCGACAUGUACAACAGCUACCUGGUGGGAGACGAGCUGUGGGUCGUCAUGGAGUUUCUGGAGGGUGGUGCACUCACUGACAUCGUGACUCACACCAGGUAACCAUUUCCUAAACACAGAAACAUAAAGUGGACCGACAUCAGCAAUGUCAUAAAAGGAAGCCCAGCUGGGGGUGAGGGACAGUCCAAACAAACCAGAUGCUCAUGCAGAGCUGUAGGACUGAUAUCACAACCUCUCCAUCAACAAAACGUCAAAGAUCCCCAGGUUCAAGGUCCACAGCAGAGCAGACACUUAAAGUUAUGGAAAGUUCGAUGACUCUAUUAAGUAACUUUGUCAGUGUUAAAAUCUAAUAACUAGCUCAAUCGGAGGUUAUUCUGGUUUGAGUGCAAAUUAAUAUUGAAGUUUGACCUGAGGAGGCGGAGCUUAUGCACCAUACAGCAGCCAGUCACCAGGGGGAGCUCUAAAUAUUCUUGCUUCACAGUCAGUGAACAUUAUGGCAUCUAUUUUUAAUAUACAGUCUAUGGUAAGAUUUGAAAAUGUCAUCUGUAUUUGAUGCAGGAAUAACUCACACUGUUUAAUAUGAAGCUACAGCCAGAAUACUUUGAUUUAAGCCUAUUAAUAAGACAUGCAAAGAUUAAUGGCUAAUCCAGCUUUGUCAAAAAGCAACCAGAUUCCUCCAUGAGCAUCUUUUAAGUUCAGAUCCAGGAGCAUGAGGGCCUGUUUCUACUAACAGCUUUUUUUCUUUUUUUCUUUUUUUUUUUGCACUGGCAGCAGCAGAAGCUUUUUUCAAAAAUGCAAUUGACUGAUGCUGUAGAACCAAGGUCCCCGCUUCUGUAUGUCACUCAUAUUUGUGUGAUUGUCAGCUGCGUUGAAUGUUCUCAGCUUAAAGGGAUAUUCCGGCGCAAAAUUAAUUUAGGGUCAAACACACCGCACCACAGAGUAAGACACCCCCUCGAGAGAUGAAUGUUGCCGAUCACUUGCUUUUCUAGUUAUACCAACUUUAGUAACGACCGCAGACGCAGUAGUUCUUCUGCCUUAGCGUCUUGGCCCGAGGUCUCACUACAAACUGUCGCUGCUGGAAGAGAGUAGGUGAGUUGUGUUUAGUCUCUUUGCUAAAGAAAUUAGGCAAAGUUAAAAACAUGUUUGGUGGCUGAGACCCUAUAUGUACUGUUGAUGAAGUUAGGUGCUGUUUUGAGCCUUAUUUGUGGCUAUAAAGUGGCUUUUUGGUUGAGGUUUGUGUGUGGCUCAUCAGACCGCUGUGUAUAGACCUUUUUCACAGUUCGCCGAAGUAAGCAUUCUGCUCACUUCCGGUGUUAGCGUGUGGUGGAGCCACUUAGCAUCUCCCAUAGACGGCCAUUCAUUUUUCACGAUAUUAACAAGCUCACGACUCGUGUUUUUGAAAGGUAAAGUAACAUUUUAUGCUUUGUGCUGUUUUACUAACUCCUGUUUUUCAUAACACUGUCCGGAUUUUGUACUUUAUUUUUCGGGAAUUAUGUUUAAUAGGUCAUUACUGAAGAGCAAUGGUUACCAUCAUCAGAAAAUUUCCAGACCUAUUAAACAUAAUUCCCGAAAAGUAAAGUACAAAAUCCGGACAGUAUUACGAAGAACAGGGGUAAGUAAAUCCACACAAAGGAUAUAAUUUUACUUUACCUUUCAAAAAAAACAAGUCGUGAGCUUGUUAAUAUCGUGAAAAAUGAUUGGCCGUCUAUUGGCGAUGCUAAGUGGCCCCACCACACGCUAACACCGGAAGUGAGCAGAAUGCUAACUUUCGCGUACUGUAAAAAAGAUCUGUUGAUAUCCUGCGGUUGUUACUAAAGUUGGUAUAACUAGAGAAGCAAGCGGUCGGCAACGUUCAUCUCUCGAGGGGGUGUCUUACUCGGUGUCUGUAACAGACUGUAAAUCUGAUUUUUCAGUCACGACUGUGAUUAAAUAUUCGUUUCAAUGGUUGUUCAAAACUCCUGGGGUUAUUUUGAGUAGUUCGCCCCGUACAUCAGAGACUCCACGAAGACGCACUAUUUCACAAGACGAGCCGUAAAAUAAGCAGAUGGUCUGUAAUCCACUCCAGUCUUUGAUUGUUUGAUGAUUAUUGUUCUCCAACUUUUCUUAAUUGCUUCUCUGUUGUUGAGUCGUGUUUCUGAGCUGCUGCCUCAUUGUUUUAAGCUUACUUUGUGCUUGGUGUUUAAUUACAGUCAUUUGCGUGAAAGUGUCAGCAUUAGCGCUGUGCAGUGUCGGGUGCUAAUAACACGCUUUGGUGAGACUGAGCACCGUUGCUACCGUGGAGUAUUUUGAACCAUCUCCCACGCAGAUGUUGGCCUGUUUGUGUGUUUAGUGUGUGUCUGUCUGUGUGUGUGUAAAUGGGAGAGUUUUAGUAUGCAUGAUUGCUUGUAGAAGUGCUGAUGGAAAUUUCGCUAAAGGUGGUAUUAUUGGACGCUAAUGUUCUCUGUUUUAAACUUCUGGUUGUUUUUUACAAGUCUGUUGAAUUUUAAAUGGAAGUUAACAUAAAUAUUGUAAUUUAUACUUAUGGAAAAGACAAAAACAAGAACUGAGAUAUCAUCAUAUUAUAAGGUUGAGUGUCAUUUUAAAAUUUUGACUGUAAAGCAGGAACAAAAAUCACCCUGUCAGUUUUAAUAUAGGCUGUUUAUGCUCUAUCUAUAUAUCAGUUUAUGAUGUAGGAAUACAGCAGCUUGUUCUUUCCCUGUAAUUUCAGCUGUGUUAGUCCAGGUGUGACCUUUGCACCAUUUCUGUUGAGCAUUUUGUUGUGGAAAUAACUGCUGCCUGCCUUGCAAGCCUCAUCAGGUCGCUGGGUUGUUGGCGGCAAACACACACACACACUCACACACACACUUAGAAACACGAACACACACAUACUCAGGCGAAUCAGCAGCACCAGAGUGGGCGUCUGUGUACUUUAACUAUUUCUAUCACGUUCAAUUUUCAAUUAUACUUCAGAGUUUGGUAAUGAGCUGCACUUCACAGGGAUUUUAUCUAAUGUAAGUGCAAAAGCAUAUGUAUUUGUGCCGGUGUGUGCAUGUGUGCGCAAUUCCCCUCCCCUUGGCAACCUUUUCAGGCUCAUUAAAAUUGUUUUUCACUUUGUGUUUGAAACAAUUUUCUAUUUCACUGAUCCUGUUUUCCCUUCAACAUUGUGUGUGUGUUCAAAUGUGUGUGUGUGUUGGAGGAGGGUGGGGCAAAGAAAGGCAGUGAGAGGUAAAUUAUUUUUUUUAAUAGAUGUCUCUAUCUAGUUCAUUUUGAGUUAGCGGGUUGUUUUCUCAUUAGCAAAAAGCUCAUUUAUCUCCUGUGAUUGUAAAUGCAUGCAUGUGUGACAGUAAAAUCUGCUGCAAUCUCCAUCUAUAUCUAUAUGUGUGUGUGUGAGUCAUUCAGUUUUAGGCCCACACAUUGUGGACUACCUUUGCAUUAACAUACACAAAUAAAACAAAUGAGUGUGUCUUCAUCCCUGUCUAUGCACUGUAUGUGAGGUGCACACACACUCAUAAACACACAGCCUGGUAGGGCCAGCUGGGUCUGGAUGUUAAAUGUUCAGUGGAGCCGUGAGUUUUGAGUUCAGUCAGUCGCACUGCAUCGCCCCAGCUCUCCAUAUGGGACCCUUCUGCUCACUCUGCACAACAUGGCUACAGCCGCUGCGGGCUACAGGGGGAAUUUCUGCUCUUUUUUUUAUUCCUGUUUCACUGUAAUCUCUAUAACUCUAUAAAAUUACAGCAAAGACUGAGGCCUUCUCUGUGCUGCAGGAUUAAGAAAAGCCACAUUUUUUUUGCCAGUUUGACCUGAAAUGGUUCAACUGUGAGAACCAGAUGAAACCCUGGCAUGUCAUCCCUGCUCUAUUUCCUAGUUGCUAACUUUAUCUUCUGUUGUAUCCUCUAAAAAAGGCAUACACAUUAGAUAAAAGACUGAAAAGAAGUAAAUUAAGCCAAAAAAAAAUUAAAGGGUCAAGAUCUAUUUCUCAUAUUGUAAGAUAUAGUUGCUAUAGAAAUUACUACUAGAUGUCCCUGAGCACCAUUAUACCAUAGGCUCCGCUGGACUGCUGCUGCAGACGUUUUGCCUCCGUGGACCUGUCUGCUCUACAGCUGCCUCAACGGCAUGCAUCUGUCCAUCUGGGGCGGCAGUAGCUCAGGAGGUAGAGUGGUCGUCCAAUAACUGGAAUGUUGGUGGUUCGAUUCCCCCCUAUCCUGAGUCUGUCCGUUGUGUCCUUGGGCAAGACACUUAACCCGCCUUGCGUGUGAGCGAAUGAAAGCGCUAUAUAAAAUCUGAUGCAUUAUUAUUAUCCCUCUCUUCUUAGUGCAGUCUCAGCAGAUCACUGUCUCACAUGAAUCUGGUUCUGCUCAAGGUUUCUGCCUGUUGAAGGAAGUUUUUCCUCUCCACUGUAUGCUGCAAAAAGCUACACUUAUGUAGCUGAAGAUGGGAUGGGAGUGGGUCUGAUUAAGGUCCUCUAUCCUUAGCCAUUACUAACACAUAUUAAUGUGUGUAUGUCUGUUUUUUGUGUGUCUCCCCACAGGAUGAAUGAGGAGCAAAUAGCUACAGUGUGUCUCUCGGUGCUGAGGGCUCUGUCUUACCUGCACACACAAGGUGUCAUCCACCGUGACAUCAAGAGUGACUCCAUCCUGCUAACGAGUGAUGGCAGGGUAAGUGCACAUCAUGAAUGUGUGUGUGUGUGUGUGUGUGUGUAUAUGCAUGUGUGUAAACCGGACUCUUCCCUUUAGGACAUAAGAAUUUUUUCCGAGCUUGGAUCUUACUCCCUUAACUGCGACCCUCGUUCCUGUCGCUGGUGAUUUCAGUCUCACACACACUCUCACACACUCACUGACCUUCUGUAUGGGUGCCACUCCUCCAACUCGUCACCAUCCAGUGCCAGAAACUCAUCAUCAUCAAUUACCACCCGUGCCCCAGUAAUUAAAUCCUGCCUAACGCCUCCUAACGAGCUGAUAAGACAUGAUUAAUUGAAGGAUAAUUAACUACUAAUAAAGGAGAUUAGUGUCUUCUAUGAAAGCUCUUCAUCAUAACAGGUCAGCGCACUUCCCAGCACUAAACAAUUAGGUCAUGAUCUAAACUAGUCCGUACCAUGGGACCCCACACCUGCAGAGGGGGGAGUGAAACCUGAAGGCAACACUUUAUCUGUGUGUGUGUUUGCAGAUCAAGCUUUCAGACUUUGGCUUCUGUGCCCAAGUUUCCAAAGAAGUGCCCAAGAGGAAGUCUCUUGUGGGGACGCCCUACUGGAUGGCACCUGAGGUUAUCUCUAGACUACCAUACGGGACUGAGGUGAGAUCACCAGUGGAUUUAAAAUUCCUGCAAGAAAGAUUUCCUGUUAACAAUGUUUGUAUAUAUUUUUUCGCUCACUCAAGAUCCAGUUGAAAAUGUAGAUGUUUUUUUUUUCCAGGUGGAUAUCUGGUCUUUAGGCAUCAUGGUGAUUGAGAUGGUGGAUGGAGAGCCCCCGUACUUUAAUGAACCCCCUCUGCAGGCCAUGAGGAGGAUACGAGACAACCUGCCUCCAAGGCUAAAAGAGUCGCACAAGGUGAGAAAGCACUGGGUGCAGGUUUUAUCUUGGUUUAGCAUCUCAGCAUGCAACUAGCAAUUAGCACAAAAUACAUGGUGAUUUUAUUGAUCUACAAGUAUUUAGAUAGAUAUCAAAUCAUGGUUUACUAAAUUUUGGCUUGAUGAUGGUGUCAGAGCGGCAGUGGCUUAGGAGUUAGAGUGGUCAUCCAAUAACCGGAAGGUUGGCGGUCAGAUUCCCCCUUAUCCCGAGUCUGUCUGGUGUGUCCUUGGGCAAGACACUUAACCCACCUUGCUCCUAUUGUGUGUCCUCUGAUUGUGAGUGUUGUGUGGUGGUGGUGGUCGGAGAGGUCGUAAGGCGCAAACUGGCAGCCACAUUUCCGUCAGUCUGCCCCAGGGCAGCUGUUACAACUAAGGUAGUUUACCACCACCAGGGUGUGACUAUGUGAGCGAAUGAAUGAUGGUCUCUGAUAAAGCACUUUAUGAAAUCUGAUGCAUUAUUAUUAUUAUAUAAACCAGCUGACACUGCUGUUUCACCCUCAAGUAGCUGAUCUGAUGAUAAUGACUUUUUAAGACAUUUUCUUCGCCCUGAAUCUUUUUUUCUUCUUCACAUAAAUCGCGAACAUCCCUCCUCGACAUACAUUUCUCUGUAUCUCUUCAGGUGUCGUCGGUGCUGCGCUCCUUCCUGGACCUGAUGCUUGUUAGGGAGCCAUCUCAGAGAGCUACGGCUCAGGAACUCCUCCAGCACCCCUUCCUCAAGCUGUCUGGACCUCCCUCCUGCAUCGUCCCCCUUAUGAGACACUACCGCCACCGCUGACCUUCCAGGCCCCCUGAGCUGCCCCUCUCUGCACACACAAACACACACUUGAAAUAAAAAAAUACGACACUUAAACACACUCAUGAUCAGGGUGGCACUGCCCUCACCCAGCCAAAACACCCCACUGCUUGGUGGAGCCCUACAAACACCUGCACCUGUAACCGUGACAUAGAUUAGCUAAUUAUCUUAAAAAAACGUUUGAAAAACACACAACAGAGAAAAGAGAAAAUACUGUCUACCAAUCUGAAACUUUGAACUGGAGGUGAAGAGUGAUUUCACCAGUCCUUUCUCUUCCUGGAUCGUGAGUCUUUAGCUCUAUGUAGGCUUGAACCAUCUGCAGGAGCAUCAGAGGGGUGGUGCAAACCACUGAUGAGGUGGAUGGACCCUGGGGCUCGGUGCUGGGCUCCAGACUAGAGCAGCAGAUCGCAGAACAAUCAGCAAUGAGGGUUUUUUUGACCGGUUAUGACUGUUGGGUUGUCGGUCCACCAGAAGGACGGGCUGCUGCUCCCGCUGGUGGAACAGAGAUGUUCUCUCUGUCUUCUCACACACUAACAGUGAAAAUGUAUUUUAGAGAAACUUGUAAGUUUUUCUGUACAGUUUUGAUAACUUGCAGUAUUUUAUCGUGUCGUAACCAUUGUGAUAUGAGCAGUAUUAAAUAGAGUUUCUGCAGAGAUCUUUCCUACUGUUUAUAAUCCAGUUUUUGCUUAAAAAUAUAAGAGAUAUCCCAAAUAAACCCACCUAAACCUAACUGUAACUGAAAAUACUAAAUAUAUUUAUUAUCUUACAUUUGUAGACAGAACUUCCAUUAAAUGUUGGAAAAAAAGGGUAAUGUCAGAAUUUUGUAUGACGUUUUAAAGUAUUUAUUUAUUUAUUGGAUUUGAAGGUUUAUUUUUUUGCUAGUGUGGCCUUUUCGUUUACUUUUUUUUUGUUCUGUUUUUUGUUGAGGUUUGUUUUACAUUUCUUGAAGCGCAUCGGCAGACAGUUGAAUCAGUUGUUUUAUCAUCCAAGCAAUACCCCAAACCUCUUUUUAAAGCCCUGUAUUUAUGAUACUGUAAUUACACCAUGCAUUUAAAUGUAGCACAGACUGAGUGAAGGGAUUUCUUCUACACAGGCCUCUUUUCUUUUUUUUUAUUCCGAGUCUCAUCCUGUUUCUUAAAGUGACGCCCGCCUGCCGCGCAGAUUUCAGGCUGCUGAUAAAAGGUCUCGUUUUCUACUGACAUCCUCACUGUCAUCAUCUCACUCCUUAUCCCGCCUCAGUCAGACACACACACAUACACACAUAUACACACAUACACAGACACACACGCACUCGCUAUCACUGGAGCUGUGCUGCCAUCCUCAUCUGUGGUCGGACCGGGAGAACAGUGUAAUCCUCCUCCCUGCAUCGUUUUUAACCAUCAUUCACUGUGAUAUGUAAAUAUGACUGUGCGUAUAUGAAUGUGUGUGUGUGUGUGUGUGUUUGUUUGUAUGUCAAAGAGUAAAAGAUGUAGAGCGUGUUUAUCUCUGUACAACAUCUGAAAGUGUGUAUGUGUGUGUGUGUGCGAGUGUUUGCUGGCUAAUCCUCGACACUGUGUCAGGACCUGAAUGAGUAACACUUAUCUGUGGUGUUGGCUUGUACAGUGAUAUUGCAUGUUUGUUAUCAGUGAAGCUGGUUUCAAUUAAAAAAACGCCCAUAAAAACAUUGAGAUGUGUU